GUCAUUCUUCGCUCGCACCUCACAAACGAUCGACGUCUUGGUUUCAGUCUCGGGGAUUAUGACUUGAAACAGUUUGAAAAUAGAUCUAUUUUAAAAGAAGUACAUAUAGAAUCUCGGUACAUAUAUAUAUUCGAUCGUCUAUAUAUAUAUAUCGCCAUAUAGUUCGCAUAGAGUUUUUUUACGAAUAACGUCGCAGCAUACAUAUAGAACGUCGCAAGGAUAACGCAAUAAACAAAUAAAGAAGCGAAAUAUAUUUAAAUAAAGUAGAAAAAGUGAAGAAGCAAAUCAAAGAGAAAAAGUGAUCGAGAGGUGUUUUUUCAUUUAAGUGCAGUUUCCCAACUGCAUUCGAUUUGGUUGUCAUUUUCCAAUGAUAUAUAGUGAUAUAUAACGAAUUUUAAAAUGCAACGACAAAAUCCGAACCCGUACCAGCAGCAGGAGCAGCAGCAUCAGCAGAUGCAGCAAUACUCCACCCAGGAGUAUUCGCAUUCUAGCCAAGAGCAGCAUCAGCAGCAAAGGAUUAGCCGCACUGAACAACAUGUUCAACGGAGUCAAAUCACCACUCAACAACGAGUGCAACAUCAAGGCGGUAUUGGAGGCACCUAUGUACCGCCGUCGUUGACACACGUCUACGCCCAGGGCGAUAUCUCACCGCCAGUGUUCGAGCAAAUCUUUAAGAACGCACGUUUCGCGCAGGGCGGCAACGCUCUGUUCGAGGGUCGCCUGCGUGGCAACCCAAAGCCAUUCGUGACAUGGACCCGAAAAGGCGCACCACUUCUCGAGUCGCAAAAGUUCCGAAUGAGCUAUAACGAGGCCACCGGUGAUGUAUCACUGCUGAUCAAUCAGAUUGGCCCCGGCGACGAAGGCGAAUACACGUGCACCGCUCGCAAUCAAUACGGCGAGGCGAUCUGCAGCGUCUACAUCCAACCGGAGGGCGCACCAAUGCCCACGCUGCAGCCCAUCCAGAAUCUGGAGAAGAACAUCUACUCCAAUGGAUACUCGUAUACGUCCAUUGAGGAGGAGUUCCGUGUGGAUACCUUUGAGUAUAGACUGUUGCGUGAGGUCUCCUUCCGUGAGGCAAUUACGCGUCGCUCUGGCUACGAGCAAGACACUCAGCUCUCCCAUGAGCUGGAUCGCUCUCUGGGUCCUGCGCAUGCACCACAAAUAUCGCAGAAACCGAGAAGCUCCAAGCUCAUCGAGGGCUCCGAUGCUGUGUUCACAGCACGCGUUGGCUCCAAUCCAAAGCCACGCCUCACCUGGUUCCACAACGGACAACGUCUGGUGGCCUCCCAAAAGUAUGAGAUCUCCUAUUCGAGUGGCGUUGCCACUUUGCGUGUGAAGAACGCUAACAUCAAGGAUGGCGGCCAUUACACUCUGCUUGCCGAGAAUCUUCAGGGCUGCGUUGUCUCCUCGGCCGUGUUGGCUGUGGAGCCCGCCACUGAGACCGCCUACGAGCCCAAGCCUAUCGAUACGAUGGCUGAGCAGCUGGAGGCUGGCAAGGCAUUGCCACCCACCUUUGUCAAGGCGUUCGGUGAUCGCGAAGUGACCGAGGGUCGCAUUUCGCGCUUCGAUUGCCGUGUCACUGGCAAUCCCUAUCCGGAGGUCUUUUGGUUCAUCAAUGGCCGCCAAGUGCGGGACGAUGCUUCGCACAAGAUUCUGGUCAACGAAUCCGGCAGCCACUCGCUGAUGAUCACCAACGUGACCCGUUUGGAUGCCGGCGCUGUGCAGUGUUUGGCACGUAAUAAGGCCGGUGAGGUUGCCAUCGAGGCGCAGUUGAAUGUGCUGGAGAAGGAACAAGUUGUCGCACCACAAUUUGUGCAACGCUUCAGCACGAUGACUGUCCGCGAGGGCGAACCCAUCAGCAUGAGUGCUAAUGCCAUCGGCACGCCCGUGCCCCGCGUCACCUGGCAAAAGGAUGGCGUCCAAAUCUCAUCAACUGCUGAACGCUUUGUGGGCAUCGAUGGCGGCGCCACCUGCCUCGAAAUACCCAACGUUCGCGCUACCGAUGCUGGCUGGUAUCAGUGUACAGCACAAAAUAUUGCCGGUUCAACGGCGAACCGGGCAAGACUCUAUGUCGAAGUUCCCAGAGAGCAACCAAGUCAAGAACAAAGGCGUCUUAAUCUCCCAAGACCAACGAAAGUUAUCGAGCCUGAGCCAAUCCUUGGCCCUGAAAUCAUCUAUCUGCGUCAUGUUGAACGCGCCAAGCCCCAUCUGCGACCUGGCGAGGAGGAUCGCGUUUAUCCACCACCGCAGUUCAUCAUCCCACUGCAGAAUGUGCAGCAAACCGAAGGUGGUCGAGUGCACAUGGAGGCGCGCAUCGAACCUGUUGGCGAUCCCACCAUGGUCGUCGAAUGGUUCCUUAACGGACGUCCGCUGGCAGCCAGUGCCCGCGCCACAUCUGUCUUCAAGUUUGGCUUCAUUGCUCUGGAUCUGUUGAGCAUCAUGAGCCACGAUUCGGGAGAAUACAUGUGUCGCGUAAGCAACGCCAGCGGCGUGGCUGAAUCCCGCGCCAUUUUGUCGGUGGUGCAGCGUCCAUCGAUCGAACAAUCGUCGCAGAAUCCCAACAGCUUGCAGUACAUCAAUCAGCUGGAGGAUUAUUCCCGCUAUCAGCGCCAGGAGAGCUCAGAGGAGUUGUUGAAUCAAGCUCCACAAUUCAUACGUCCAUUGCGCGAUCUGGGUGAAUUCGAGGAGGGCAAGAAUGUGCACUUCGAGGCACAAGUUACCCCCGUCAAUGAUCCCAGCAUGCGAGUGGAAUGGUACAAGGAUGGUCUCCCCAUCACGGCUAGUUCCCGCAUCACGGCCAUCUUCAACUUUGGCUAUGUCUCCCUAAACAUUUUGCACCUACGUGCCGAAGAUGCUGGCAACUAUACCGUGCGCGCCGUAAACCGCAUCGGCGAGGCCAUUAGCCAGUCCAACAUCCGCGUCAUUACGCGCUCCCAGGUCACUGCUGACCUCGGAAUUCCCGAGCAGCAGCGUUACAUUGAGGGUGUCGAGCAAUUGGAGGACUAUCGCAAGUCGCAGCAACGGCGUCAAGUCCAUGAAGCGCCAGAGGCAAUUGCGCCACCUCAAUUCAAGACACCAAUUCAAAACCAAUUUGAUCUUCGCGAGCACGCGCAUGCGCACUUUGAGGCACGCCUCGAACCUGUGGGUGAUUCCACCAUGCGUGUCGAGUGGCUGAAGGACGGUCAGCCCUUGGAGGCCAGCUCGCGCAUCACAACCUAUCACAACUUUGGCUACGUCGCUUUGACCAUUAAGCAAUUGACUGUUUACGAUGCCGGCACCUAUACCUGCCGUGCCUACAAUGCCAUGGGACAGGAUACAACCGUGGCCCAGUUGACGGUUAUUUCGAAGAACGAGAUUGUCUCUGACUCUCAGCAUCCGGGUGGUCUUCAGAAGAUCCAACAUCUGGAGGACUCUUCGCGUUAUGGUCGCCGUGAGGAGGAGGAAACGUAUGUUACGCAAGCUCCACGUUUCCUUGGCCCACUUAAGGGCACCACCAAGAUCCUGGAGGGUCAACGCGCCCACUUUGAGGCCCGCGUCGAGCCACAAAGCGAUCUGGGCAUGAAGAUCGAGUGGUAUCACAAUGGUCGCGCCAUCACUGCCGCUAAUCGCAUCCAAACCUACUACGACUUUGGCUACGUCGCCCUGGAUAUUUCCCAGGUGCGUGCGGAGGAUGCCGGUGUCUACACUGUGGUGGCCAGAAACAAGCUAGGUGAAGCUCAGUUGCAAGCAACGAUGGUAGUGGAAACUCGUUCCAGCAUCGACACAUCUAGCAUGCAUCGCGGCCUCUACGAGAAGACGCAGAACUUGGAGAACAAGCAGUUCGUGGAGCCUCAAUACGACAUCGAGGAGAUCUCCAAGUCCAAGCCCGUCUUCGUACAGCCUCUCACCGAUCCCAAGCCCAUCCACGACGGCAAGAACAUCCAUCUGGAGUGCCGUCUGGAACCCAUGGGUGAUCCCACCAUGCGCGUCGAGUGGUUCCAUAAUGGACGUCCCGUCACCGUCGGUUCCCGGUUCCGCACCUACUACGACUUCGGUUUCGUCGCCCUAGACAUCAUUAAGGCCACCGCUGCCGACUCUGGCGAAUACACUUGCCGUGCCACAAAUCAUCUGGGCUCUGCCCACACUUCGGCAUGUGUGCGUGUCAUUGAUCACACCGAUGUGGUGACUGAGACUCAGAACGAGCAGUCCUUAGAGCAAAUUCAAUUGCUGGAGGACUCGCGUCGUCGCCACCACCAGGAAGAGGAUAUCACCAUCAUGCAGGCACCUCAGUUUACACGUGCGCUGCACAACAUUGAAACUAUGGAAGGCACCAAUGUACAUCUGGAGUGCCGUCUGCAGCCCGUAGGUGAUCCCAGCAUGCGCAUCGAGUGGCUCGUGAAUGGCACCCCUGUGAAGACUGGUCAUCGUUUCCGUCCCGCCUACGAGUUCGACUACGUCGCCUUGGAUCUACUUGGCUGCUAUGCCAUCGACUCGGGUGUCUACACCUGCCAAGCCCGCAACCAACUGGGAGAAGCUGUCACCUCCUGUUCCGUGCGUAUCAUUGCCAAGAACGAUUUCAUUGAUUCGCAAACCCAGAACAAGUCGGGUCUGCAGAAGAUUCAGUAUCUGGAGGAUUCGUCGCGUUAUCGUCGCAGCGAGUUUGUCGAUGAAGUGGUCAACAUUCGUCCACGUUUCCUCACGCACCCCAAGAGUUUGCCCAACACUCGCGAGGGCGCCCAUGCCCACUUUGAGUGCAAGAUUGAGCCCAUCACCGAUCCUAAUCUGAAGGUGGAAUGGUUCAAGAACGGACGUCCCAUCACUGUUGGUCAUCGCUUCCGUCCCAUUCAUGACUUUGGCUAUGUUGCCCUAGACAUUGUGGGUCUGAUUGCUGAGGAUUCAGGUAUCUAUACCUGCCGUGCCGUCAACUUGAUUGGCUCCGAUGAGACUCAAGUGGAGUUGCAAUGCCGCAGCAGCGAGCAAAUCGUGACUGUUACCCAGAAUGAGGCGGGUCUCGAGCAGAUUCAUUAUUUGGAGGAUCGUUCGCGUUACAGUCGCCGCGAGGAGAUUGACGAAAGCACCAAGCAAGCGCCAGUCUUCACCACUUCGCUGAAGAACGUAGAGAUCAAGGAGAACCAACGUGCUCACUUUGAGUGCCGCUUGAUUCCUGUUUCCGAUCCUUCAAUGCGUGUUGAGUGGUACCACAACAAUCUGCCACUCAAGUCAGGCUCUCGCUUCACCGAGACCAACAACUUUGGUUUCGUGGCUCUGGACAUCAUGGCCACACUGCCCGAGGAUGCCGGCACCUACACCUGCCGUGCCUACAAUGCCGUGGGUGAGGCCAUCACCUCAGCUGUCGCUGUGGUGCACACCAAGAAGUCCAUCUACUUGGAGUCGCAACACGAAACUGCGCUGCCACGUUUGCAGCAUCUGGAAGAUGGAUCGAAGCGUCAACGCAUCAGCGUCCAGGACGAAUUCGUCUCGCAGGCUCCUGUCUUCACGAUGCCGGUGCGCGAUGUCCGCGUUGCCGAGAAUCAAGCCGUACACUUCGAGGCUCGUCUGAUUCCUGUCGGCGAUCCUAACCUUAAGGUGGAAUGGUUGCGCAAUGGCCAGCCCAUUGAAGCCUCUAAUCGCACCACAACCAUGCAUGACUUUGGCUAUGUUGCCCUCAACAUGAAGUACGUGAAUCCCGAGGAUUCAGGCACCUACACCUGCCGUGCCGUCAAUGAACUGGGUCAGGCUGUGACCUCGGCCUCUUUGAUUGUGCAGUCCAAGACUGCCAUUCAGCUGGAGACCCAGCACGAGGCUGCCAUGCAUAAGAUCCAUCAACUAGAGGAUCACAGCAAGUAUCAGCGCCGUGAGGAGGAGGAAUACACUGUAACCAGUGCUCCGGUGUUUGUUACCAAGUUGAUUGGACCCAGCAAUCUGCAUGAAGGCCAGAGCGCCCAUUACGAGUGCCGCAUUGAGCCCUAUCCAGAUCCCAACCUCAAGGUUGAGUGGUUCCACAAUGGCAAGCCAUUGAGCACCGGCCAUCGUUUCCGCACCACCUAUGACUUUGGCUUUGCCGCUUUAGAUAUCCUUACCGUCUAUGCGGAGGACAGCGGCGAGUACACUUGCCGUGUGACCAACAAUCUCGGCGAGGCUGUUAACUCUAUUGUCCUCAACGUCACUUCGCGUUCAUCGAUCAUCCAUGAGACUCAGCAUGAGGAGGCGCUGACCAAGAUCCAGCAUCUGGAAGAUACUUCACGCUUCCAGCGCAAGACUGAUGAGGAUCAGUUCCAUGCCGAGCGCCCGCAAUUCGGACGCCCAUUGCGUAAUGCCAAGGUCAACGAGGGCAAUCCAGUGCAUUUGGAAGCCACUUUGGUUCCAGUGAACGAUCCAACUAUGAAGGUGGAAUGGUACUGCAAUGGCAGACCCAUCCAGACAGGUCAUCGCUUCAAGACCACCUAUGAUUUCGGUUUUGUUGCUCUGGACAUUCUGUAUGCCCACGCCGAGGACACCGGCACCUACAUGUGCAAGGCCAAGAACGCUGUAGGAGAAGCUGUCACGACUUGUGCUGUAAACGUCACAGCAAAUAAGACACUGGAUCUGGAUACACUUGAUGCUGAUCGCCUGGAGAAGAUUCGCCAGCUGGAGAGCUAUGCUCCACCCACCAAGGUUGAGGUGGAGGAGAAGGGCCAGAAGCCCAUCUUCCUCACUCCGCUCAGCAAUUUGGAGCAUCUGAAGGAGGGCGAACACGCUCACUUGGAAUGCCGCGUUGAGCCCAUCAACGAUCCCAACCUGAAGGUGGAAUGGUUCUGCAAUGGCAAGCAAUUGCCCACUGGCCAUCGUUAUCGCACCACCCACGACUUUGGCUACGUUGCCCUGGAUAUCCUUUACGUUUAUGGCGAGGAUACCGGUACCUACAUGUGCAAGGCUACCAAUUUGCUGGGCGAGGCCGUCAACACUUGCAAUGUGCGUGUGUUGAACCGUCGUAGCAUGAUUCUGGAUACUCAGCAUCCCGAUGCUUUGGAGAAGAUCCAGAAACUCGAAUCGAAGGUAGUCACCACUCGCACUGAGGUCGGCGAUCAUCCCAUUGGUCCACCUCACUUUACCGCCGAACUGCGCGGAUCCACGGAGAUCUACGAGGGUCAAACUGCUCACUUUGAGGCCCAAGUGGCACCUGUGCAUGAUCCUAACUUGCGCAUCGAGUUCUACCACAAUGGCAAGCCUCUGCCUUCGGCAGCUCGCUUCCACAUCACCUUCGACUUUGGCUAUGUGUCACUGGAUAUUACCCAUGCCGUGGCUGAAGAUGCUGGCGAAUACUCGGUGCGUGCUGUCAACGCUUUGGGACAGGCUGUCUCCUCUACCAAUCUGCGUGUUAUUGCCCGUGGUACCAUCAUCUCUGACACCCAACAUCCCGAGGGUCUUGAGAAGAUUCGCAAGCUAGAGUCGACGGCGCCUCAUCAGCGCCAGGAGAUUGAAACACCUGGCACACGCCAGCGUCCAGUGUUCACUCAACCGCUGCAGAACAUCGAUCGCAUCAACGAACAUCAAACGGCUCACUUCGAGGCUCGUCUGAUUCCCGUCGGUGAUCCCAACUUGAAGGUUGAGUGGUACCGCAAUGAAAAACUAAUUGAGGACAGCUCUAGGAUUACCAAGCAACACGACUUUGGCUAUGUUUCGUUGGACAUCUCACACAUCCGCAAGGAGGACGAGGGUGUCUACAUGUGCCGUGCUGUCAAUCCACUGGGCGAGGCUGUUACCACCGCUUCGAUGCGUGUGGUCAGCGAGGCCAGCAUCCUCAUGGACACCCAACAUCCCGACAGCAUUGGUCGCAUCCACCAGCUGGAGAAACCUCAGGCUCCUCGUCCAGUGGAACCAGAGCGUCUCUUCGAGAAGCCCAUCUUCACCCAGCUGCUGACCGGUCCCUCCGAGUUGUGGGAGGGCGCUCAUGCCCACUUCGAGGCACGUGUGGUGCCCGUGGGCGAUCCUUCGCUCAAGUUCGAGUGGUUCAUCAACGGCGUGGAGCUGCAAAUGGGCUCACGUCUGCGCACUACUCACGACUUCGGCUUCGUUACUCUGGACAUCACUGCUGUAGUGCCCGAGGAUGCCGGCGUUUACAUGUGCCGCGCCUACAACGAAGCUGGUGAGGCUGUCUCUUCGACGGCCAUGAAGGUCAAGACCAAGGCCAACAUCGAUGGCCAGCCCUUGAUUCCCGAAUCCUGGGAGGCUAUUCGUCUGAAGGAAGCUGCCAUGAAUCGUGUGCCUGAGAUGUUUGUGGACUCGACACCACAGCAGGCACCAGUGUUCACCACGCACUUGCAGAGCUACGACAAGUUGCACGAGGGCCAGCAUGUGCUGCUCGAGGCUCAGGUUGAGCCACGCGCUGAUCCUAAUCUGCGCAUCGAGUGGUUCAAGAAUGGCAUCUCUCUGACCACCGGUUCUCGAAUUCGCAGCACCUUCGAUUUCGGUUUGGUUACUCUGUCGAUCAACGGAUUGCGUGAGGAUGACUCCGCCAUCUACACAUGCAAGGCGACCAACCAGGUGGGCGAAGCUGUAUCCACAUCCUCGCUCAAGAUCGAAGAUCGUCACUGGUUGCAGGCAGAAUCUCUACAUCCAGAUUCGCUGCCUCGCAUUGGCCAGUUGGAGGCACCCAAGGAGGGACGUCCCGAGGCUCCUGAGCCUACAUAUGAGACUCCAGUGUUCAUCACUCAUUUGAACAACAUUGAGUGCAAGGAGAACGACAGCGUGCGCUUCGAAUGCAACGUGGAGCCAGCUCGUGACCCAACCAUGGGCAUCGAGUGGUUCUACAAUGGAAAACCAUUGCAGGCAGCUGCUAAAUUCAAGUCCAUCUAUGACUUUGGCUAUUGCGCUCUGGAUCUAAGCAACAGCUAUGCUGAGAACAGUGGCAUCUACACUUGCAAGGCUACCAACAGCAAGGGAUCAGCCACCACGUCGGGCACAUUGAAGUGCACCGGUGGCAAGACUAUGUUCUUGGAUACUCAACAUCCACAGGGCGAGAGCGGCUUGGAAGCUGUCCAAGAGACCGAAGCUGAGCUGGCUAAUCGCUAUGCUCAGAAGACGACCAAGCCGGAGACUCAGUAUCCACCACCAGUGUGGACCAAGCCAUUGCAGCAGGAGUUCCAUCUCUCCGAGGCCCAGCCCAUCCAUUUGGAGGCUAAUGUAGAGCCCAAGGAGGAUCCCAACUUGUUCAUCGAAUGGUACUUCAAUGGCAAGCAAUUGAACCAUGGUUCUCGCUUCAAGAUGACUAGCGAAUUUGGUUUUGUGACCAUGGACAUGAUUGAGGUGUACUCUAGAGAUCAAGGUAUCUACACCUGCAAGGCCUACAACAAGGCUGGCGAGGCCUUUACUUCGACCACCAUCUUCUGUUCGAGCAAGGAUAACAUCAUUGAUUCGACACAGCAUCCUAAGGGCGCCGAGGGUCUGGGACAGAUUCAAGAUCUGGAGGAUUCCCUGCGCAAGGAUGGCACCAAGCCAGAGCAACCAGAGCAAGGCAUUGCUCCUCGCUUUACCACCGAAUUCGUCAACAUUGUGGACAUUGGCGAGGGUGAGCUGGCCCAUUAUGAGGCCAACCUCAUUCCAGUCGGCGACCAAAGCAUGGUCAUCGAAUGGUUCUUCAAUGGCAAGGUACUCGAAGCCAGCCAUCGCGUGCGCACCAUCUACGCCUUCGGCACCGUUGCCCUCGAAGUGCUCGGCACUAAGAUCGAAGAUACCGGCACUUACACCUGCCGUGCUACCAACAAGUACGGUUCAGCCGAGAUCAGCUGCACUCUGGAGUGUGUGGACAAGCCACGUGGCCAGAAGCCCAAGUUUACGUCGCACAUCCAGCCGUUGGAGGGCCUGAAGGAUGGCCAAUCGGCUCACUUCGAAUGCACCUUGAUUCCAGUCAACGAUCCGGAGCUCAAGGUCGAGUGGUAUCACAAUGGCAAGCUCAUGCGUCACUCGAACCGCAUCAAGACCGUCUCGGACUUUGGCUACGUCGUCCUGGAUAUUGCCUACCUGCAGGAUCACGACAGUGGCGAGUAUGUGUGCCGCGCCUGGAACAAGUAUGGCGAAGACUUUACUCGCACCACCCUCAACUGCGGUGGACGCGGCGGUGUCUUCUAUGACAGCUUGCAGCCCGACUCGCUGCAACGCAUCCGCGAGCUGGAGUGUCCUCAGGGUCAACAAACAGCUGGCGCUGCUCCUGUGGUUGCCGAGCCACCCAAGUUCAUCACCCAGAUCAGCGAUGUUACCAAGCUGGUUGAGGGACAGAGCGCUCACUUCGAAGCGCGUCUGACUCCCAUCACGGAUCCCGACUUGGUGGUGGAAUGGUACUUCAAUGGCAAGAAACUGCCACAUGGUCAUCGUUUCCGUACCUUCCACGACUUUGGCAUUGUCAUCCUCGACAUUCUCUACUGCUACGAGGAGAACUCUGGUGUCUACGAGUGUCGUGCCUAUAACAAGUACGGCGAAGAUGUGACACGUGCUACUCUGAAGUGCGCCUCCAAGGCCAGCCUCAUUCUGGACUCGCAGUUGCCACGCGGCAUGGAAGGCGGUCUGGAGAAGAUUGCCAAUCUGGAGUACAGCAUGGUGCGCACUCGCGAAGAAACCACCGAGGAGACUAAGGGCAAGGCCCCUGUCUUCACUGUGCCGUUGGAGAACAUUGAGAAUCUGCGCGAGGGUGAAAAUGCUCACUUCGAGGCACGCAUUACGCCUGCUGACGACCCUAAGCUGAAGGUCGAAUGGUACUGGAAUGGACGUCCAUUGAAGGCGGGAUCUCGUUUCCGCACUUUCUGCGACUUUGGCUUUGUCAUCUUGGAGAUUUCUCCCGUUUAUCCCGAGGAUUCUGGCGAGUAUUCGUGCCGUGCUAUUAACGAGUAUGGUGAGGCUGUGACCACAGCUACAAUGAAGAUCCAGGGCAAGCGCAGCAUCAUCAUGGAAUCCCAACUGCCUAAGGGUAUGGAGGGCACUAUUGAUCGCAUUGCUGAGCUCGAGGGUCUUGGCUCUCGCAACACCGAGUUUGUGCCAGAGGACGAUUCUGGUAAGCCACCAGAGUUCAUCACGACGCCAUUCGACAUGGUCAUCUCCGAGAAUUCGCUGGCGCACUUCGAGUGCCGCCUGCAGCCCAUCAACGAUCCGUCAAUGCGUGUGGAUUGGUUCCACAAUGGCAAGGCCUUGUGGGCCGGCUCCCGCAUCAAGACUAUCAACGACUUUGGUUUUGUCAUCCUCGAGAUUGCCGGCUGCUACCAACGCGAUACGGGUCUGUAUACCUGCAAGGCAACCAACAAGCACGGCGAGGCCACUGUGUCAUGCAAGUUGCAGGUCAAGGGACGUCAAGGCAUUGUCAUGGAACCACAAUUGCCCUCGAACUUCCGCACUGGCACGGAGAGCUUGCAAAAGUUGGAGGAGAGCAUGCACAAGCGCGAGGAGAUUGUCAUCGAUGAGGAGCAACCCAAUCCACCCAAGUUCAUUGAGGACAUCAAGGAUAACUUGGACGUCCCCGAGGGUGGCCCGAUUCACUUCGACUGCCGCGUCGAGCCUGUCGGCGAUCCAACAAUGCGCAUCGAAUGGUUCUACAAUGGACGCGUCAUGGCCACUGGUUCUCGCGUGCAUCAACUCAAUGAUUUCGGCUUUAUUGCUCUGGACAUCGAUUACAUCUAUGCUCGCGACUCUGGUGAAUACACUUGCCGCGCCACUAACAAGUGGGGCACUGCUACUACCACCGCAAAGGUUACCUGCAAGGGCAAGCACAGCAUUGUUUAUGACUCGCAACUGCCCGAGGGCAUGACUGCCGAGAAGCUGAAGGAACUGGAGCGUGGACGCAUCCCAGAUGCUCCCAAGGUUGUGGAAGAGCAGUUUGGACCACCGAAGUUCACCACCCAGAUCGCCUCGGUGACUGCCGAAGAGGCUGAGGCCGUGAGAUUCGAGUGCCAAGUGGAGCCCAAGACUGAUCCUAGUCUGCGCGUGGAAUGGUAUCGCAAUGGCAAACCUCUGCCUCUUGGUCAUCGUUAUAGAAACGUUUUCGACAUGGGCUUUGUCUCUCUGGACAUUUUGUAUGUGUACAGCGAGGACUCUGGCGAAUAUGUCUGCCGUGCCGUCAAUAACCACGGCGAGGAUCGCACUAAGGCAACUGUUUCUUGCAAGAAAUUGCCAACAAUUCUGCUGCAGAACCAGGUGCCUCGCGGCAUGAAGCGCUCAGAAACUCUCACUCAGAUGGAGGCUACCAUCAAGAAGUAUACUUCGGAGGUGCAUUUGACCGAGGAUGAUCUGUUCGAUCCUGAUCGCAAGCAGCCACCUCGCUUUGUUACCCAGAUCAAGGAGCAGACUUCGCUCACUGAAAUGGCCAAGACCAAAUUCGAGUGCCAAUUGGCACCAGUUGGUGAUCCAAACAUGAAGGUCGAAUGGUUCUUCAACGGCAAACCUUUGCUAUACAAGAAUCGCUUCCAGCCCAUCUACGAUUUCGGUUAUGUUGCCAUGAACUUUGGCUGGGUUUAUCCCGAGGACAGUGGCGAAUACGUUUGCCGUGCCACCAACUUGUACGGCAUGGACGAGACUCGCGCCAUCAUCAAGGUAUCUGGCAAGCCUGGCAUUGUCUACGAUUCUCAACUGCCCGCUCACAUGCAGAGCAUUGAUCGCAUUCGUGAAAUGGAAGCCUCCUGGCAAGUUGUGCCUGAGGCUGCUGAUCCUGAUGCGAAGCCCAGAACUAAGCCCGUAUUUGUCAGCAAGCUGGAGCCACAGACUGUUGAGGAAGGCGAUCCUGCCAGAUUCUGUGUGCGUGUCACUGGACAUCCACGUCCUCGUGUCAUGUGGCUGAUUAAUGGACACACUGUUGUUCACGGCUCGCGUUACAAGCUGACUAACGAUGGUAUGUUCCAUCUGGAUAUCCCGAAGACCCGUCAAUACGAUACUGGCAAGGUUGAGGUUAUUGCCCGUAACUCUGUGGGCGAAUCGAUUGCUUCCACCGAAUUGAAUGUUGUGGCUCGUUCCGAUGACUAUCGCAAUGUGCUUAAGAAUUCACCACGUCCCUGGUACGAUUAUGAAUUGGCCGCCUAUCAGAAGGAGCGUCAGGACAACGAAUUGGUAAAGGUUUUCGAUGAGCGUAAGCAAUAUUUGUCCGAACAGAGCGCCCAUACCCUGAAGGGAGUUGAGCACCUGAAGCCCAAGCAAUACAAGCCCCAGACUCCCGACUGGCAGCAAAAUGUCAAGGCCAAGAAGAGCGAGGAGUACUACAAUAAGUUGCAGGAACUCGAAACCGAGCAGCUUCUCAAGGAGACCAAUUUGCGCAAGGAUAACCAUCAAUACGCCAUUCCUGGCGAAAAGGUUGUGAGCAGCUCGGCUGCCAAGGGCAUGGCCCAAUCCUAUGAAGAAAAUCUUCAAGAGCAAACCCACACCACUCAGGUUAAGGCUGCACCACAAAAGGGCACAGCCGAGCCUUCAGAGUCCUCUGUGCAUGGACGUGAAGUGCACAUGAACAAGCAGCAACAGGUGCAGAAGGAAAUCCAGGGUGACUUGGAGAUUACACGCAAGAUCACUGCCACCGAGACCACCGAAGUGGAGCACAAGGGUACCAUUCAGGAGCGCGUUGUGAAGGGUCCAGUUAAGCCCGCCAAGGCACCUGUCUUCACCAAGAAGAUUCAACCAUGCCGUGUCUUUGAGAACGAGCAGGCCAAGUUCGAGGUGGAGUUCGAGGGCGAACCAAUGCCCACUGUGAAGUGGUACCGCGAGAGCUUCCCCAUUCAAAACUCGCCCGAUCUGCAGAUUCACACGUUCAGCGGCAAGUCGAUUCUGAUUAUACGCCAAGUCUUCAUUGAGGAUUCGGCUGUAUUCUCGUGUGUGGCCGAGAACCGCGGCGGAACUGCUAAGUGCAGUGCUAAUUUGGUUGUGGAGGAGCGUAGACGCGCCGGCAAGGGCGGCAUUCAGCCCCCAAGCUUUGUGACCACCAUUCAGAGCACCACUGUCGCCACCGGCCAAUUGGCUCGUUUCGAUGCUAAGGUAACUGGCACUCGCCCCAUGGAUGUGUACUGGCUGAAAAAUGGCAUGAAGAUUCAGCCAAGUAUUAAAUUCAAGAUGCUCGAGGAGGACAGCGUGCACACUUUGCUCAUUAUCGAGCCCUUCGCCGAGGAUUCUGGUCGUUAUGAGUGUGUGGCUGUAAAUGCCGCUGGUGAGGCACGCUGCGAUGGCGAUUGCGUUGUUCAAUCUCCCAGCAAGCCCGACAAGCCAACCACACCAGGUAGCGAGAAGGCUCCCCACAUCAUUGAGCAACUGAAGAGCCAAUCUGUUGAGGAGGGCAGCAAGGUGAUCUUCCGCUGUCGCGUGGAUGGUAAGCCAACGCCCACAGCUCGUUGGAUGCGUGGCGAGAACUUCGUGAAGCCAUCGCGCUACUUCCAGAUGACGCGUCAAGGUGAAUACUAUCAGCUCAUCAUCUCGGAGGCAUUCCCUGAGGAUGAGGGCACCUACAAGUGCGUCGCCGAGAACAAAUUGGGCAGCAUUCAGACCAGUGCUCAGUUGAAGGUGCGUCCCAUCGAGAAUCUGGAUGCUCCUCCAACCAUUACGGCUCUAAAGGAUGUCUCCGUCAGCGAGGGCAUGCCUGCACAGUUCAAGACCACGGUCACAGGCAAGGUGAAGGCCACCAGCGUCCAAUGGUUCCGUGAGGGCCAAUUGAUUCCGGAAACACCCGAUUUCCAGAUGAUCUUUGAUGGCAACAGUGCCGUCCUGUUGAUUGGUACCACCUAUGAAGAGGAUUCGGGCAUCUUUACAGUGCGUGUGACUUCGUCUACGGGACAAGUCGAAUCAUCAGCCAAACUGACUGUUAAAAAGCGACGUAUCUCGGCUUAUCAAUUACGUACGAUUGAUUCUGUCGAAGAUGAGUCUUCAUCCUCAGGAAGGGAAGAUGGCCCUGAUUCGCCCCAUCAAUUCCCACAGCAGCCACAGACUGGCGAAUAUGGUCAGUUCCUGGCCGUCAAUGGCCAAGCUCAGCACCAGGGACGUUCGCGUACCAAAAAGCCGAAGGUGCGCAGCAAAUCUCUGCAGCCACCCACAAAUGUUGUGCCAUGGCGCAAGUCGUCGCGUCCGCAUCGUGGACGCUCCCUAGACAAGCAACCGUUCUUGCCAGGCUUCAAGCCAGAACCAGUCAAGUCCUGGACUGAAGAAACAAUCAGUUUGAAGGCAACACCUAUUGAAAAAAAGAAGCCGACUCCCAAAUUGGAGGCAGCCACUGUUGUUCUCAAGUCGAUUAAGACCGAACGCGAUCAAGGCAUCAUGAGUCUGGGUGCCACAUUAGAGCAAAUUAUUGCCGGCAAAACAGAAAAGGAAGCGGUGCCAUGGAUAACCAUGCGUGAUAAGCUCAAGCAGGUCGAGAGUGUCCAGGAGCAGCUUAACAAGUUUGAUAUUGAUGAGGUGUACCUGCGACCACUCGAGGGACAAAUUGAGACAGACCAGCAGCUGCCACAGCAAGCUCAAGUGGAGCAAGUGCAGCGUAGCAAGGAAAUUCAACGUCUUAAGAGUAUGGAGAGCGUGGAAAUUAUGGAAAUGACUGAUCAGAUCGACAAGCUUAUUACCCAACAGCAAAACAAUAAGGAUCUGAUUCCAUGGAAGGAAAUGCGCCAGCAACUAAAGAGUGUGCAGCGUGUAACCAAGCAAAUGGAUAAAUUUAAGAUCGAGGAAGUCGAGUUACGCCAUCUUCAGGCUCAGCAGGCAAUCAGCGAAGAGUUCCAAUCGACAGCCGAAGAUACUGUUGUAAUGACAAUCGAUGAAAGCUCUAAGGGUUCAAUUACCAAGGUUUUGCAACGCGAUCAGAUUCAGCACUAUGAAGAUCAAUCAAAUCUUUACAAGCAACAGUUUAUCAGCACUGAAGAGUCGAAUAUUAUGCAUAUUUCCGAGCGUGAAAAACUUGAAGCUCAGAGAUUGAUCAGCGAACAGCAAGCUGUGAAUUGGAGACAACAACAGCAACGUCCGCAACUGCAGCCUCUCACUUCAGUCGAAGAUACAAUUUCGCAGACUAGCGAGCGUCAGCGUCUUGUACAGCAGCAGAGCCUUCUCGAGGAGGCACAGCGUCAGCAGUACACACAAAUCGAGGACUCUCAAAUGAUGACUCUUGAGCAAUAUGAGCAUCAGAAGAUGAUCAAUCAGCUCACACAGCAAGAAGCUUACAACUGGCGUCAGCCACAACAUCCCCAGAAGUUCGUUCAGGUCGAAGAUUCAUCUCUGUUGCACCUUCAAGAGCGCCAGGAUACACAGGAGCAACAACUAGUGCAGCAACAGCCUGUUAUGUGGGAGCGUGGCAAGAAGAAACCUCAACAAGAACAAACUCAAGUACCAGCAGGUCCAAUUCAACAACAGUUCGAGGAGAAACCAAAGACAUAUGAGGAAAUGCACGAUGAGCUGAUCGAACCAGUUCCAGUUCAACAACCCGAACCAGUUCCAGUUAUGUGGGAGCGAGGCAAAAAGAAACAGCCUCAACCGCAACCGAAAACUUAUGAAGAGCUCCACGACGUGUUGGAUGAACCUGUUGCUCCUCAGCAAGUGGAUCAAGUUCCUGUUAUGUGGGAACGAGGAAAGAAAAAACUUCUUACGCAAGAGACUGCCACAAUUUCACAAGAAACCGUGCAGACAUCUCAAGUGGUUGAACAACAAAUUGUCGAGGAGACUAAGAAGACUGCAGUGCGUCGUGUAAUACCGCCACGUGAGCCUGAGCAGAAGGUUGAGCAGGUUACGUUGAAGCCAACGCCACGACUGCGUCCCAAGGAAGCUCAAAAGGCCGAGGAAUUCCAAUUGAAGCCGCUUAAGACCACAAAGACUGUUCAACAGGUCGUCCAGGAGACAGCUCUAAAGGCUUACGAAGAAGCUACUGACGAAUUGGUUGAGAAUGUUGUGCAGCAGGUAGAAGAGCAACCACAACCCGUAAUGUGGGAACGUGGAAAGAAGACUAAGCCUCAACAAUCUGUGGAGCAAGUGCAGGAUAUUCCAAAAACUCUUGAAGUGGCUGUCGAUACUUUGGAAGAAGAGACCGUUAAGCCUGAAGAACCUCAACCGCAGCCAGUGAUGUGGGAGCGUGGCAAGAAGAAGCCUAAGCAGGUGCAGCCUCAAGAGAUUCCCAAAUCACUUGAAGUCGCUGUCGAUACAAUUGAUGAAGAAACUAUACCAAUUGUUCAGCCUGAACCUCAGCCUGUGAUGUGGGAGCGUGGUAAGAAGAAGAAACCACAGCCCCAGCAAGUUGUUGAAGAGAAAAUCGAAGAAGUUCCAACUAAGACUUACGAAGAAGCAGUCGACGUAUUGCCCGAGGAAGUUAAGGUAGAAGAAAAACUAGAACCUGUUUUAUGGCAACGUGGCAAGAAGAAGGUACCACAGCCUAAACCAUCUGAAGAACAGCAUCCUGAUGAAGUUGAUGCAACAGUUCAAGACGUUGUUGAAGUGGAAGAAGAGAUUGUUGAGGAAAAGCGAAAGGUUAAGAAGGUAAAGAAACCAAAGCCAGCAGUCGAAGCUCCAGAACAAGUUGAGGAAGAGGUCCCUGAGGUAGAAGAAGAGAUUAUUGAGGAGCAAGAAGAGAUUGUCGAAGAAAAGCGAAAGGUAAAGAAAGCUAAGAAACCAAAGAAAUCUGUUGAGGUGACUGAGGAAACAGAGCAACCUGUUGAGGAAAUUCCUCAAGAGGAAGUCGUAGAAGAAGAGGAAGAGGCGAUUGAAGAACAGACUGAGGUUGUUGAAGAAAAGCGCAAGGUGAAGAAAACAAAGAAACCUAAAAAGUCUGUUGAAAUUUCUGAAGAAGUGGAACCUAUUGUGGAAGACAUUCCCCAAGAGGAAGAGCUCAUUGAAGAACAGGAGGAGAUUGUUGAAGAAAAACGCAAGGUCAAAAAGACAAGGAAACCCAAGGUUAAGGAAACCACACAGGAUGAAGAGCAGCCCGAAGAGCAACCUGAAGAACAACCCGAAGAAGUUGAAGAAAUAGAGACCGCUCCAGUUGAAGAACCAAAGAAAAAGAAGCCAGUGGUCCAGAAACCGGAAGUUGAGCAAGUCGAGAAGGUUACGCUGAAGCCAGUUCCAAGGAAGCCUCAUCAACUUCCCGAAAAGGAACAAGUCGAAGAGGUAACACUGAAGCCACGUCCAAAAACCAGUAUUGUUACAGAAACGCAACAGCCUGAAACCACAGAGACUGAGUUUGUUGAAAGAGAGAAAGUGGUUACAUUCGAAGAUCAAGUGGUCGAUGUUACGAAGAAACGCGUAAAGAAGAAGAAGCCAAAGGCGCAACCCGAAGGACAGGAACCUGUUGAAGAACCAACUGAAGAUAUUGAAGAACCUGAAGAAGAAACUCAACCUGAAGAGACUGAACUUGUCGAAAACAUUGUCGAAGAGCAGGUUCUCGAGGCAGAUACUCCUAAGGAGACUGUUACCAAAUUGAGACCAAAGAAGGAACAAGUUGUCGAAGUGGUUGAGGAAGUAUCUUUAAAGCCUGUCAUUAGACCGAAGAAACAAUUGCCUCAAGAAGCUACGAUUGAAGAAGUGCAUCUUAAGCCAACAAAACGUACAACUGCGAAGCCAGAAGAGGUUAAGCUUGAAGAAGUUGACCUGCAACAUGUUGAAAAGCUGGAACAGGAAGUCGUACAGGAAGAGAAACGUAAAGUCAAGAAGGUUAAGAAGCCAAAGGCUGAAGAAUUGCCUGAAAUCCCUGAUACAGAACCCACUGUCCUGGAAGAAGCCGAACACAUUGACAUUGAGAAGGAGCCCAAGCCACAGGAGGAACAACCACAGGUUCCAUGGAAACGUGGUGAGAAGAAGAAGCCUGUUGCUGAACCUCUAGAGGAAAAGAAGUGGCCAACUGGCAAGCGUCGACCGCUCCCCGAGGAGCAGCCAGAAGAGGUACAUUUGAAACCUAUACCAUCCAAGCCGGAGGAAGUGCCAGCCAAGCCAGAGAAGGCUAUUCCUGGACCAGAGCUUGUGCCGGAAGAAAAGGUCGAAAGCGAGGAUGAGAUUUCUGACCUCGAACCUCUUAAGAUUCCUGACGAUAAACAACCUAAAGAAAAGGUUAAGAAAGAAAAGAAGAAGAAACCCAAGUUGAAGAAGGCUACGCCAUCGGUGGAUGAAGUAUCGGCAGAAGUGGCCGAGCCAUUUGCUGAACCUAUUGCAGAAGAGGAUCAAGUCGAAGAACUGCCAGUUGAUGAUGUGAAGGUAGUUGCGGUAUCCGAGGAUGUGCAGCCAGAGGAAGAAGUUGUAAUCACUGACAGUGCACCCGAAACGAAACAAAAGGCGCACAAGAAACGUACAAAGCCCCUGAAACAAGCUUCAGUAGAGGGGCAACCGCAGCUCCUAGAAUCUGCCGUUGCGGAAAUCGAAAAGGCUGAUGAAAUUUCCCAAGAGAUCUCACAAAAGACUAUAACUUUAUUGAAGAAGACUGAAGACACAAGACCUCAAUUCAUUACAACCGAACAGCUAAUCGAGCUUGACGUUGAAGACGUGAGACGUGAUCUCGAAAUGAAACUCACUUCCAACAUUAUCAAGAAGGAGAAACGUCGUGUUGUGCUUGAUGACAGCCAGCCAUUGCCCGAAUUGGAGCUUAUCACACAGAAACGCAUUCAAGAGGGUAUUGACAAAGUGGCUGAUGAAGAACUCAUCGAGGAUCAACAGUUGACCCAAAACGUCGAGGAAACUACAACCUCGGAGGUUAUCGGUCAAGAGCGUAAGCUGGUUAGGAAGAAGAAGAAGGAGAUUAAGCCCCCUCGCAUCACCGAGAAGCUACGUCCCCGGCAAUGUGUUCCUGAGGAGCCCACAGUCCUCGAGUGCAAGGUGGAAGGUGUACCUUUCCCAGAGAUUAAUUGGUACUUUAACGAUAUGCUGCUAUUCGCAUCGGAGAAGUAUGAAAUCACCGUCGUGGAGCAGGUGGCACAACUGAAGAUUGCGAAGGUCACACCAAGCGACGUAGGUGUCUAUACCUGUGAGGCAAAGAACGAGGCUGGAGUGGCUACAAGUCGUACCAACAUAAUAUUAGAAAAAGAACAAGGAGUCGCGCCGCAGUUUACGAAGCCGCUUAAGAUAGUCUUUACAGAAGAGAAAGAGCCUGAGCGGCUCAAGGUUACUGUUACAUGUCAGGUCGCAGGCAAACCGAAACCUCAAGUUAAAUGGUAUCGUGGCAUCGAGGAGGUCAUACCCAAUGAAGCCUUGCAGAUGUUCUAUGACGAACAGACGGGUGAUGUCGUCUUGGAGGUGAUGAAUCCAACGCCCAAUGAGGCUAUUACCUAUUCGAUACAGGCGCAGAAUCAAUUUGGACGCGCCAUUGGCAAUGCCAAUAUUAUGAGUCGUGUCGAUGAAGUACCCAGGGAGAUACUCAAAGCACCCACAAUCACGCCACUGAGUGCCAUGGUUAUUCCAAAUGGUGGCACCUUGCUCUUUGAGGCCAAAUACGAUGGAACUCCAAAGCCUGAGAUUAAAUGGCUGCGCAAUGGUCGUGAGAUCAUCGAAAAUGAAGAGACUACAAUAGAAACAACUGAGACGACAACCACCAUAAGAGUUAUCAAUAUGACGAGAAAGCGCACCGGCAAAUAUGAGGUUUGCGCUAAGAACAAGGUGGGCGAAGCCAAGUCUUCGGGUUCGGUGGUCGUUUCGGAUCAAAAGCCAGAUAAGCAAAUCAAGGCACCUCGCUUCAUUCAACCAUUGGAGCCCAAAUAUUUUGGAGAACAUGAGGUUGCAAUACUUGAGGCGGUUGUUGAUUCAGAGCCACUUUCAUCGUUCCAAUGGUUUGUGCAUAAUGAGCCCAUUAAGAGCUCCAAUGAAUGCCGCAUUGUUAGUCAGGCCAACAAGUCGACGCUUUUGAUUGAGGACUUCCAAAAGAAGUUCACUGGGCCUUUCACUUGUCGGGCUGAGAAUGUUGGUGGCUCUGUUACCUCGACAGCAACAGUAAAUAUGCUGGAAGCAUUGCCACAGGAAGAGGCAGUUGAAUUUGAAUCGCCACGCUUCAUUGAGGAAUUGAUUCAGACCGUUGAGGUAAUGGAUGGUGAGGCGCUGCAGUUGACUUGUCAAGUGACAGGCAAGCCCACGCCUAAAGUUGAGUGGUAUCACAAUGAGGAGAAAAUAUCCGAAACGAAAGAAACGACUAUUUCCCAGGAUUUGCAAGGAAUUUGCCAGCUGCAAAUAACGGAAGUAUUCCCUGAAAACCAGGGUGAAUAUAAAUGCGUUGCCACCAAUAAGAUUGGCAAGAGCGUUACAGCAACGACAGUUAAUAUUCAAGCAUUUGAAUAUAUCCCCGAUUCUGAAAUCACUGGACUCACAGGAUCUGAGGAGGAUCUACUUGAUAGAACUAUCUCAAUCGACGAACAAGCACCGAAAAUUAUUAAAAGGCUACCUGAAAAAAUCGAACCCAAAGAGGGUGAGCAAGCCAAAUUGGAAGUUAAGGUUAUUGGUAAGCCAAAACCAAAAGUCAAAUGGCUACGUGACGACGAACAGAUAUUCGCUUCCGAGGAAUAUCAAAUCGAAAAUUUCGACGAUGGGACCUCAGUAUUGGUCAUCAAUCAUGUAUAUCCCGAUGAUUUGGGCACAAUUAGCUUUGAAGCUUACAAUCCUUUGGGAGUGGCGGUAACCACAGCACUAUUUGCAGUCGAAGGCAUCGUUGGAUCCAAGGACUACCGCAAGCCUGAGUGGGUGUCUCACAUGGAGGAGAUGCAAGUCGCUCUCAAAGCUGCUAAAUGCUCGCCAUCGCUACUAAAUGAAAUGCGUGACUGCCGUGCUGCCUUAGGCGAAACAGCAAAAUUCACAAUACAAUUUGCAGGCAAUCCUAAACCAGAUAUUCAGUGGUAUUUCAACAAUGUGCAACUUAGGUCGUCUGAAAAGUAUCGCAUGGUAGUUGAGGAAUCUGAAGCAUCUUUAGAAAUUCUAAAGAUUACAAAUGAAGACUGCGGCUACUACAAUUGCAAACUUAUCAAUGAGAUCGGCAUGACGAUGACACGCGCCAAGUUCGACAUAUCAUCGACAUCUUCAGUUGUAGAGGAGGUCAAGACGAAGACAACUGUGAAAAAGAAGGCGGGCAAAAAGACAUCCACGAUGGCGAAAAGAUCUAGCGCGUCUGAAUCCCAGACGUUACAUAAGACUGAGAUCCGAGUAGUGCCAGCAAGUAGUCUAGAGACUACAGUGAAUAUUGUCAAAAUCAAACAGGCUGUGCCUAUUAUCAUCGAACAGAGUGGAGUUUCUGAAGUUAUGCAGGUUAAAGAUCGCAAGAUUGCGGAUGCCGAACAGCGCAGUAGCAGAAUCAUUGAAGAAAUAGAAGAAGACGACGAAGAGCAGGUUGAAGAAGAAGUAGUAGUAGAGAAGAAAGAAUAUACAUCAAGCAAAUCCAUAUUACUUACCGAAUCUGUGCAGUUAAUACGCACAAAAAUUACGCAGAAAACCAUAAAAAUAGAAGAUAUCUACGAGAUAAGUCAUCAUGAAGAGGUGCAGUGGUUGCUUGAGUCCGUCGAGGCCGAAUCCUUUGGCAAAAUCGGCGAGGCAGCUCUCAGGGAUUUGGCCACGAUUGGAGUUCUACUGCGCUAUGGUUGUACUCAUUAUGAGAUCACAUAUAUGUACGAACAAAAUAUCUUCAUAUCUCUGCAAAAGCCAGAGUCGCAAUCGGCUUUAGUUCAGCUCGUGGAACGUGAGGGCCACGAGGAGCUAAUAACGCAUAUUUUGAGUGAAUCGUCUAAUGAAGAUGAGACUACAUUGGCAGCAACUGUUGGUUUCAAGGCAUUCAUUCGCAUGAUUCAGACUUAUGAAAUUACCAUAGAGACGGUUAUAAGAAAGUUUCAUAGGGAGGAUUUCAUCUCGCACGAUUGGAAGAUAUGUGGAAAGGAGAGAAUAGUAGAGACAUCCCAGAUUAUUGAAAGUCACGAAGCCAUAACGCAUGUGAAAAUCGAGGAAACAUUUGUCGAGGAACGCACGAUAGUUGUCGAUGAAGAAACCACAACCACAAAAGUGGAAAAACAAUUCAUACAGCAACAACAAAAACAAGUACAAGAACAACAGCACCUACAAAUACAGGCUGAACAAACUGUGCAUAGAAAAACGAAAACCAAGAAGCAUAAAAAACAUACAGAUAUAAUACAUCAAGAACAAGAAGUACACCAACAUCAUGAAGAUGAGAAAGAAAGUCUUGAGGCAAUUGACGAUUCCGAAUACGUGCAGGAAGAAACCUUUGCCAAAGAAUUUAACACUGAAUCACCGAAACUUGAAACACUUGAGCAAAUUGAAGACCUUUCACCACAUGUCACAACACUAUCCACGCAAAAUCUACCAAAAACUAUACACGAAAUAGUUUCAGGUGUAAAUACCACAGAACUUUCCACACCGAAACCAGUCGAAGCUCAAAUCCAAAAUGAUAUUUUACCACAAAAGACUCUAGCACUUAAAGAGGAAUGCAUGGCAUUUGAUGAGGUUAGUUCUGGUUUGGAUCAGUCCAAACCACAAGUUAGCAGGCUUAGUGAGCAGGUUGAGGUACAUGAGAGGCAUGCGGUUUCCGUUAGUGAGACGCAAACAAAGGAAACUCCCAAAGAAUUAAAAUCUUCGAAAAUUCCAAAACUUUUAAAAGCUGAGCGAAAGGUGAGGGAAUCGCGUCCAUUGCUAAUCGAAUCGCCAAGCAUCGCGAAUUCAGUUGGAGAUCUAGAAUCUCUAAAAACUCCGGCGCAGCAAGCUCAUAGCGAGAUUUUACUGUCACAUGAACUUACAUCAGAACAAAAUACAACAUUGGAUAGUUUGGACGCUUUGAAGACUCCAUCAGUAGCCACAGAAAACGUUCAAUCACAGUUUCUGCCCAUGGAAGGACUUUUAGUCUCAGAAAAUUUCAGAGGCGAAACUAUUGAAAAGGAGGUGUUACAACUUAAACCUGUCAGUGAGCAAAUAUCUCCGCAGUUUACUUCAAACUUAAGUGUUGGCAUUAGCGAAUGUCAACCCGAAGAUUCUGUAACUGAGCUUAAACCUCAUUCGGAAGCUAGAACUGAGACCAUGUCCACAACCAUACAAGAAUUUAAGGCAUUUAGCACCAGUGAAUCAAAAGUAUUAGAAAGUGUUGACGAAUUGAGUCAAGAGUCGCUUCCCGUCAAAUCACUAGCUGAAUUUUCCAUUAAGCCUGAAGAGGCUCCACUAUUGGUACAGGAAGUUGAAAAAAUGGAAACGCUCGGUGGAGAAGAGCCCGUAAAGAAACGACCAGCUGAAUUUAAGGCAGUCCAAGAAUUGGUCUUAACUGAGGGCUUAAUAAACACAAUGGCAGAUUCGCGAAGUCCAACUGAAGAUAGCUUACCAACAUUCAAAGCCGACUCGCAAGAAGCUCAUUUCAGUUUAGAAACUCAAUCACACAUAAUUACGCAGGAGACUAUAUCUAGUGAAGAAAGUCCAAGCGACUUAAUUUUAUUAAAUAUUCCCAAAUACAUCGAUGCCACAGUCAGUCAAACAAUUUCCCAUCCAGUUGGCGAAAUCACUGAAACUCAUUCGGUUGAAAUGGCAGAACAUCUUUUGAAGCCUUUGGUUGAACCUGUGAAGCCUGUAAAAGAAACAAUUACCAGUUCACUUGGCACUGCAUUAGAAAACGAAGAAGUCGUUUAUGACACCGUUGAUGUAAUCGAUUAUGCGAAAACAGAUCUCAAUCAAGGAAAAAUAAGUAUAACGGAGGGCGAACAGGUUGCUGAAGUGCAUGCACAAACAAUUAUAGAUUCAGAGCAGCAGUUACUUCCAAAAAUUCCCGACAGCGUACAGGCAAAACUAGAUAUUAUUGAGCAAAAGGCAAUACAAAUUGAAGAGGAAACAGCUAUUGAGAAAGAGACUCUUUUGUCUAUACCAAAAGAUGCAGUUGGACAAGCUGCACAACAAGGAAUAAUUCCCGGCGAGUUAAAGGUUACCAGUACAUGGGAAGUGCAGCCUCAACAAACAUCCGUUAAUAUUGAAAGUGAAGAUAUCAAACCAGUAUCUGCUAUUCCAGCGUUCGAAACCAAGCCAAUUGGCGUUAAAAGUCAACAGGACUUGCUGGAGGGUACAGAGUAUCUGGAAGAGCUUCAACAACCCGAUCAGAAAUCUGGAACGUUAGUUAUGUUUGAAAAUCAACAACCCUUGGAGAUAACUGAUGUUCAGAUUACUGAAACAAGCCCCGAGCUUAUCGAUACAUUGCCAAAGCACACAAAGUCAUCAGCACAUGAAACCACGGAUACACUUGCGCAUACAGAGCACACGGAAGUAAUUUUAUUGGAGUCCGCUUUAAAGCAUGAGAGUGAAAGCAAGCCAUCUUCAGUAGUGGCUGAUAUAACAAUACCUCCACUAUACGGUACUGAUGUAACUGAACAAGCUUUACUUGAAACCCUACAGUCUCAUGAGGAGAAAGCACAACCUCAGGAGCAAUUCACAGGACCCACAUUUAGUUUACUACAACCACUAGAAACCAGUUCCUUGAUAACUAUAGAACAGGAGACGACAAUGCCAUCAAAAGAUGUUGGCACCCUACACAACGCAGCUAUUUCUACAUCUGGAGCUUUGAGGGUAGCAAGUAAGGUGGGCAAUCAGCAUAUGGAAUCGCUUCAAGAGCUUGAUGAAAGGACCCAACCUCAACAACAUGCUCAUGUUGAUAUUGAUGAGAUUACCGCAGCCGAAUGUGAGGAAGUAACGUCUUUGGAUACUGUUAAAAAUUACGAAGUCCUUGAUAUAAAUAAAUCUAACAUUGGUAAUGUGGCAAUUAUACAAAAUACCUCUGCAAUAAGCACAUCAACAGCAAUGAUUAGUGAACAAGCAGAUGAAAUCAAAGAGUCAACUACAAUUCAACCAACAGCGAUCGCACCACAUUUCAGUGAUUUUACCAAAAGAUCUCCACUGUCAGAGGAGCCAACAGUUUUGGAUUCUGCUGAAGAGCUUACAUCCAUUAUACCUACACCACAAAAUAGCCAACUAAUAAUAACCAAAUUAGAGGAGAUAAAUGUUCAAGAGACCAAAACAUGUGAGAAAGAGGAUCAAUUUGAACAAAUCAGGCAACCCAUUGCACAAGCAACUAAAGUUACUUUGGAUUCUUCUACGGGAGUGGUUAUUAGUCAAAAAGAAUAUACUUUUGAAUCAGAACAAGAUUUCCAAAUUCCCAAAGUUCCUUUGGAGCAUGCAAGGCCCGUUGCUUCGGACUUACUAAGGACUCCAUUGACGGAAAAAGUGCACGAAAAUCAGGCGACCGCGAAUCUUGAUGAUUUUAACGUAUCUAGUAAACUCGCCAAGUCAAGCAUUGAUACAUUAAACGAAACUAGUACAACGGAAAUUUUAGUUUAUGACUACAUAAAAGCUGAUAAAAGCGGCGAGGAAACUGAGUGUAUAGGGUCACAGACAAUAAUUCCACAUGAACAUACGGUAAUCUCAGAAUGUAUGCCUAUAGUCGACGUGGAAGGAUUUAGUGAAACGCCUGAGAAGCAAAGAAAUGCUCAUCCUGUUCAAGAUAGCUUUAGCCAGUUAGCUAUUUCAGAACAUCAAAAUAUUUUGCAUGCUGAGAUGACCUUCGAUAUAGCACGUUCACAAGAGUUUAGUGCUAAGAUUAAUGAAGUUAUUCCAACAUUAAUAAGUAAAAAUGUGAAUGAGGUUGAAGUGUAUGAAUCGACGGAUGAAACAAAGGCUAGUGAUAAUGUUAGCGGUAUACAUGCGGACAUUUCGCAUGUAAAAACAUUUGCACAUGUGACAGAUCUACAGCAAACAGUAGAAACGACAGAUACCUUUAUUACACAAGCCUUAAGCUCAUCGUCAGUAACUCCUAACGAAAACGCAUCACAACUGAAGUUACCUGUGAAUACAUCAAUCCGACUCGUAGAGGACGCUAAAGAUUUUACUGUUCCUACAUUAAAUACGGCAGUUGCCCAACCGAGCUUGGCAGAAAAACAUUAUGAAGUGACAGUCACCGAGAGUCAAUGUGCCGAGGGUGCUGAACUUAUUGUAUCCCCCCAGAAAACAUUAGCCAGUGCCACGGAAUCAUUAAAUGAAAUGUUUCAAACUACGCCAGAAUCAUUGGAACUGGUCACUUAUCAAAAAGAGACUGAUAUAAAGCCGGCAGAAUGUGAAGAGGGUGUUGUUAAGUCAGUAUUAAGUGACAUUCUUCAAUACACCACAACUUCGGAUGUAUUGCCUUUUGAAGUGUCGGAGCAGUUAGAACAUCCCAAAAUAGUAACUCAGGAAGCUCAAAUACAUUCAUUACUAACUUCAGAUGCAAACAAAUUAAACGUGAAAGUGGAUGAUGUAGUUCUUCAAAAGGAAGACACAUUCGAGGAUUCUCGGUUAAUUGGCCACGGCAAACUUUUUAUUGAAGGAACGCAACGAGAAACUGUAAUCUCUGAGAUUUUGCCCAUGGAAAAUGUUGGCAACGUAGAUAGAGGCAACGAAGCGAUAACAGUUGAAGCACAAGUUUCGACACCAUUACAGUCACAUACAACUAUAUUGAAGGUUGAUGCAUUUGAAAAAACAGAUGAUCUAAAACCCAAAUAUCAAGAUGAAGAACACUACGCAAAAAUAAAAAGUGACUCUCAAACGAAAUGCGCAAGAGUGACAACAACUCAAACGCCGUUCAUUAAAGAAGAUGAUUUUGCUCCCCUUUCAAUUAUUGAAACAAGAGCUCAAAUUUCCAAAACACAAAUGGAACCAUUGGUGACCGAGGAAAUUAUUGGCAUGAGUUCCGUUCACGAAACCUACGACUUACAACGACCAAACGAAGCAAAUGCAAAUAUAAUUCGCGAGUCUCCAAAUGAGGCUGUUACAAUUACUCAUCAGUUGGCUUAUGAAGAAUCUCCUACAAUAAAGCAAGCAAAGAACAAUUAUGCCAAAACAAAUAUUAACUUCGUUGAGAGCUCUACUAAAACGGUUGAAGGAUCAACUGUAAACGUAUACGAAAACGUUGAAGGACAUGGUGACUUUAAACCUCAAACUGCAAUGACCACCUCUGACAUAUUUGCAAACAUGAAGGUUUCGGUUGUGGAAGAGGUUUCUGUUUUACCAACUGUGGAGAAUAUAUCAGGAACAGGGCCUAAAGAAGCUAUAGCAAAGGUCGAAAAUAUUACGCAUAGAAAUUUACUUGUAAUGGAUCAACUAAUAUAUGAAAAUGUGACAAAUUUAUCAGAUAUCCCUCCAGGAACAGAUAGUGCGUCUUUUGCGCCUAUUGAUGAAAAAUUCGCACCACUUUCUAGUGAAUUUCAUGAGAAAGGGAACCUUCUUGAAACAACUAGUCCUACACUAGACGUAGAAUAUGCAAAUCCAACAAUAAUGCCAUUUAGUUCUUGUCUUCAUGGAGAAACUAUUACAGAAGAACGAGUCACAAUACUACAUAAACCAGAAGAUACGCAGCUCAUAAAUGCAAAUGUUAGCUUUGAACAAAACACCUCAAAUCAAAUUAAAGUGCUCAGCUUAACGACAGGUGAUGCACCAAUUGAAAUGGAUGAUGUAAAAAUUGAAAAUAAACACGUCAAUUUGCCUCUUGAUAAUAUACUUCUUGAAAACGCACAAUGUACGAAAACACAAAAACCAAUUAAAAUUAAGCAUACUAAAGAUGCCAGUCCUGCAGACUUGGAUAUACUUUCUGAGUCUCAAUCACAAACUUCAUCAAAAACUGAGUAUGAAAGUUUAAGCUUAUUUGAAACGGUAAAAGCAUCGCUGGAUACAAUACAAGCCACAGACACACAACACACAAAACAAAAGACACCAACACAAAUAAAAGAAACAAAAGAAGUUGAAAUAUUGGAAAUUCCUGAAACAAUUCAAGUUGUAGAGGAAAUCUCAAAAGAUGGAAAGCUUAAGAAAAAGAAAAUACGUACUCGAAUAAUUAAAAAAGUUAAGGGCGAUAAACAAGAGGUCACCAAGAUCGAAACCGUCGAAGAAGACGACAAACAACCUAAAACUACUGUCACUUUCGAAGAACUUCCUGUGGAGGAAGAGCAGCCUGAAAACAUCAAGGAACUUCCAGAAGAGGUUCGUCUUGUUGAAACUGUUUCUGAGGACGGCAAGCCGAAGAAGAAAAAGAUCCGCACACGUGUCAUCAAAAAGGUUAAGGGUGACAAACAAGAAGUCACCAAGAUCGAAACUGUCGAAGAGGAUGACAAACAACCACAAACCACAGUCACAGUUGAAGAGAUUCCUGUGGAGGAAGAAAGACCUGAAGAAAUCAAGGAACUUCCAGAGGAGGUUCGUGUUGUGGAAAGUGUUUCUGAGGACGGCAAGCCGAAGAAGAAGAAGAUACGCACACGUGUCAUCAAGAAGGUUAAGGGUGACAAACAAGAAGUCACCAAAAUCGAGACCGUCGAAGAGGAUGACAAACAACCGGAAACUACUGUCACUGUCGAAGAACUACCUGUGGAGGAAGAACAACCUGAAGAAAUCAAGGAGCUUCCAGAAGAAAUUCGUGUCGUUGAAACCAUCACUGAGGACGGCAAGCCGAAGAAGAAGAAAAUACGCACACGUGUUAUCAAGAAGCUUAAGGGUGACAAACAAGAAGUCACCAAGAUCGAAACCGUCGAAGAAGAUGACAAACAGCCUGAAACCACCGUCACAGUUGUAGAGACUCCUGUGGAGGAAGAAAAACCUGAAGAAAUCAAGGAACUUCCGGAAGAGGUUCGUAUUGUGGAAACCAUUACUGAGGACGGCAAACCGAAGAAGAAGAAGAUACGCACACGUGUCAUCAAGAGAGUUAAGGGUGACAAACAAGAAGUCACCAAGAUCGAAACCGUCGAAGAGGAUGACAAACAACCUGAAACCACUGUCACAGUGGAAGAAGUUCCUGUGGAGGAAGAACAACCUGAAGAAAUCAAAGAGCUUCCAGAAGAAAUUCGUGUCGUUGAAACCAUUGCUGAGGACGGAAAGCCGAAGAAGAAGAAGAUACGCACACGUGUCAUCAAGAAGGUUAAGGGUGACAAACAAGAAGUCACCAAGAUCGAAACCGUCGAAGAGGAUGACAAACAACCCGAAACCACAGUAACCGUAGAAGAAGUUCCAGUGGACGAAGAACUACCUGAAGAAAUCAAGGAACUCCCAGAAGAGGUUCAUGUUGUGGAAACUGUCUCUGAGGACGGCAAGCCGAAGAAGAAAAAGAUCCGCACACGUGUUAUCAAGAAGGUUAAGGGUGACAAACAAGAAGUCACCAAGAUCGAAACCGUCGAAGAGGAUGACAAACAACCCCAAACAACUGUCACUGUCGAAGAACUUCCUGUGGAGGAAGAACAACCUGAAGAAAUCAAGGAGCUUCCAGAAGAAAUUCGUGUCGUUGAAACCAUCACUGAGGACGGCAAGCCGAAGAAGAAGAAAAUACGCACACGUGUUAUCAAGAAGCUUAAGGGUGACAAACAAGAAGUCACCAAGAUCGAAACCGUCGAAGAAGAUGACAAACAGCCUGAAACCACCGUCACAGUUGUAGAGACUCCUGUGGAGGAAGAAAAACCUGAAGAAAUCAAGGAACUUCCGGAAGAGGUUCGUAUUGUGGAAACCAUUACUGAGGACGGCAAACCGAAGAAGAAGAAGAUACGCACACGUGUCAUCAAGAGAGUUAAGGGUGACAAACAAGAAGUCACCAAGAUCGAAACCGUCGAAGAGGAUGACAAACAACCUGAAACCACUGUCACAGUGGAAGAAGUUCCUGUGGAGGAAGAACAACCUGAAGAAAUCAAGGAGCUUCCAGAAGAGGUUCGUGUUGUGGAAACCAUCACUGAGGACGGCAAACCGAAGAAGAAGAAGAUACGCACACGUGUAAUCAAGAAGGUUAAGGGUGACAAACAAGAAGUCACCAAGAUCGAAACCGUUGAAGAGGAUGACAAACAGCCCGAAACCACUGUCACAGUUGAAGAGAUUCCAGUGGAGGAAAAACAACCUGAAGAAAUCAAGGAGCUUCCAGAAGAGGUUCGUGUUGUGGAAACCAUCACAGAGGAUGGCAAACCGAAAAAGAAGAAGAUACGCACACGUGUAAUCAAGAAGGUUAAGGGUGACAAACAAGAAGUCACCAAAAUCGAGACCGUCGAAGAGGAUGACAAGCAACCUGAAACCACCGUCACAGUAGAAGAAGUUCCUGUGGAGGAAGAACAACCCGAAGAAAUCAAGGAGCUUCCAGAAGAGGUUCGUGUUGUGGAAACAAUCACUUUGGAUGGCAUUCCUAAGAAAAAGAAGAUCCGCACACGUGUUAUCAAGAAGGUGAAGGGUGACAAACAAGAAGUCACCAAAAUCGAGACCGUCGAAGAGGAUGACAAACAACCCGAAACCACUGUCACAAUUGAAGAGAUUCCCGUGGAGGAAGAACAACCUGAAGAAAUCAAGGAGCUUCCAGAAGAGGUUCGUGUUGUGGAAACCAUCACUGAGGACGGCAAACCGAAAAAGAAGAAGAUACGCACACGUGUAAUCAAGAAGGUUAAGGGUGACAAACAAGAAGUCACCAAGAUCGAAACCGUUGAAGAGGAUGACAAACAGCCCGAAACCACUGUCACAGUUGAAGAGAUUCCAGUGGAGGAAGAACAACCUGAAGAAAUCAAGGAGCUUCCAGAAGAGGUUCGUGUUGUGGAAACAAUCUCUGAGGAUGGCAAACCGAAAAAGAAGAAGAUACGCACACGUGUAAUCAAGAAGGUUAAGGGUGACAAACAACAAGUCACCAAAAUCGAGACCGUCGAAGAGGAUGACAAGCAACCCGAAACCACUGUCACAGUUGAAGAGAUUCCAGUGGAGGAAGAACAACCUGAAGAAAUCAAGGAGCUUCCAGAAGAGGUUCGUGUUGUGGAAACCAUCACUGAGGACGGCAAACCGAAAAAGAAGAAGAUACGCACACGUGUAAUCAAGAAGGUUAAGGGUGACAAACAACAAGUCACCAAAAUCGAGACCGUCGAAGAGGAUGACAAGCAACCCGAAACCACUGUCACAGUUGAAAAGAUUCCAGUGGAGGAAGAACAACCUGAAGAAAUCAAGGAGCUUCCAGAAGAGGUUCGUGUUGUGGAAACCAUCACUGAGGACGGCAAACCGAAAAAGAAGAAGAUACGCACACGUGUAAUCAAGAAGGUUAAGGGUGACAAACAACAAGUCACCAAAAUCGAGACCGUCGAAGAGGAUGACAAGCAACCCGAAACCACUGUCACAGUUGAAGAGAUUCCAGUGGAGGAAGAACAACCUGAAGAAAUCAAGGAGCUUCCAGAAGAGGUUCGUGUUGUGGAAACCAUCACUGAGGACGGCAAACCGAAAAAGAAGAAGAUACUCACACGUGUAAUCAAGAAGGUUAAGGGUGACAAACAACAAGUCACCAAAAUCGAGACCGUCGAAGAGGAUGACAAGCAACCCGAAACCACUGUCACAGUUGAAGAGAUUCCAGUGGAGAAAGAACAACCUGAAGAAAUCAAGGAGCUUCCAGAAGAGGUUCGUGUUGUGGAAACCAUCACUGAGGACGGCAAACCGAAAAAGAAGAAGAUACGCACACGUGUAAUCAAGAAGGUUAAGGGUGACAAACAACAAGUCACCAAAAUCGAGACCGUCGAAGAGGAUGACAAACAGCCCGAAACCACUGUCACAGUUGAAGAGAUUCCAGUGGAGGAAGAACAACCUGAAGAAAUCAAGGAGCUUCCAGAAGAGGUUCGUGUUGUGGAAACCAUCACUGAGGAUGGCAAACCGAAGAAGAAGAAGAUACGCACACGUGUAAUCAAGAAGGUUAAGGGCGACAAACAAGAAGUCACCAAAAUCGAGACCGUCGAAGAGGAUGAAAAGCAACCUGACACCACCGUCACAGUGGAAGAAGUUCCUGUGGAGGAAGAACAACCUGAAGAAAUCAAGGAGCUUCCAGAAGAGGUUCGUGUUGUGGAAACCAUCACUGAGGACGGCAAACCGAAAAAGAAGAAGAUACGCACACGUGUAAUCAAGAAGGUUAAGGGUGACAAACAACAAGUCACCAAAAUCGAGACCGUCGAAGAGGAUGACAAGCAACCCGAAACCACUGUCACAGUUGAAGAUAUUCCAGUGGAGAAAGAACAACCUGAAGAAAUCAAGGAGCUUCCAGAAGAGGUUCGUGUUGUGGAAACCAUCACUGAGGACGGCAAACCGAAAAAGAAGAAGAUACGCACACGUGUAAUCAAGAAGGUUAAGGGUGACAAACAACAAGUCACCAAAAUCGAGACCGUCGAAGAGGAUGACAAACAGCCCGAAACCACUGUCACAGUUGAAGAGAUUCCAGUGGAGGAAGAACAACCUGAAGAAAUCAAGGAGCUUCCAGAAGAGGUUCGUGUUGUGGAAACCAUCACUGAGGAUGGCAAACCGAAGAAGAAGAAGAUACGCACACGUGUAAUCAAGAAGGUUAAGGGCGACAAACAAGAAGUCACCAAAAUCGAGACCGUCGAAGAGGAUGACAAGCAACCUGAAACCACCGUCACAGUGGAAGAAGUUCCUGUGGAGGAAGAACAACCUGAAGAAAUCAAGGAGCUUCCAGAAGAGGUUCGUGUUGUGGAAACAAUCACUGAGGACGGCAAACCGAAGAAGAAGAAGAUACGCACACGUGUAAUCAAGAAGGUUAAGGGUGACAAACAAGAAGUCACCAAGAUCGAAACCGUUGAAGAGGAUGACAAACAGCCCGAAACCACUGUCACAGUUGAAGAGAUUCCAGUGGAGGAAGAACAACCUGAAGAAAUCAAGGAGCUUCCAGAAGAGGUUCGUGUAGUGGAAACCAUCACAGAGGAUGGCAAACCGAAAAAGAAGAAGAUACGCACACGUGUAAUCAAGAAGGUUAAGGGUGACAAACAAGAAGUCACCAAAAUCGAGACAGUCGAAGAGGAUGACAAGCAACCCGAAACCACUGUCACAGUUGAAGAAAUUCCAGUGGAGGAAGAACAACCUGAAGAAAUCAAGGAGCUUCCAGAAGAGGUUCGUGUUGUGGAAAUAAUCACUGAGGACGGCAAACCGAAGAAGAAGAAGAUCCGCACACGUGUAAUCAAGAAGGUUAAGGGUGACAAACAAGAAAUCACCAAGAUCGAGACCGUUGAAGAGGAUGACAAGCAACCUGAAACCACCGUCACAGUGGAAGAAGUUCCUGUGGAGGAAGAACAACCUGAAGAAAUCAAGGAGCUUCCAGAAGAGGUUCGUGUUGUGGAGACAAUCACUGAAGAUGGCACUCCAAAGAAGAAGAAGAUCCGUACACGUGUUAUCAAGAAAGUUAAGGGUGACAAACAAGAAGUCACCAAGAUCGAAACCGUCGAAGAGGAUGACAAACAGCCCGAAACCACCGUCACGGUGGAAGAAGUUCCUGUGGAGGAAGAACAGCCUGAAGAAAUCAAGGAGCUUCCAGAAGAGGUUCGUGUUGUGGAAACAAUCACUGAAGAUGGCACUCCAAAGAAGAAGAAGAUCCGCACACGUGUAAUCAAGAAGGUUAAGGGUGACAAACAAGAAGUCACCAAGAUCGAAACCGUCGAAGAGGAUGACAAGCAACCUGAAACCACCGUCACAGUGGAAGAAAUUCCUGUGGAGGAAGAACAACCUGAAGAAAUCAAGGAGCUUCCAGAAGAGGUUCGUGUUGUGGAAACAAUCACUGAAGAUGGCACUCCAAAGAAGAAGAAGAUCCGCACACGGGUAAUUAAGAAGGUUAAGGGUGACAAACAAGAAGUCACCAAGAUCGAAACCGUCGAAGAGGAUGACAAGCAACCCGAAACCACUGUCACAGUUGAAGAGAUUCCAGUGGAGGAAGAACAACCUGAAGAAAUCAAGGAGCUUCCAGAAGAGGUUCGUGUUGUGGAAAUAAUCACUGAGGACGGCAAACCGAAAAAGAAGAAGAUCCGCACACGUGUUAUCAAGAAGGUAAAGGGUGACAAGCAAGAAGUCACCAAGAUCGAAACCGUCGAAGAGGAUGACAAACAACCCGAAACCACAGUCACAGUUGAAGAGUUUCCUGUGGAGGAAGAACAACCUGAAGAAAUCAAGGAGCUUCCAGAAGAGGUUCGUGUAGUGGAAACAAUCACUGAGGAUGGUAAGCCUACGAAGAAGAAGAUCCGCACACGUGUUAUCAAGAAGGUUAAGGGUGACAAACAAGAAGUCACCAAAAUCGAAACCGUCGAAGAGGAUGAGAAACAACCCGAAACCACUGUCACAGUUGAAGAGAUUCCAGUGGAGGAAGAACAACCUGAAGAAAUCAAGGAGCUUCCAGAAGAGGUUCGUGUUGUGGAAAUAAUCACUGAGGACGGCAAACCGAAGAAGAAGAAGAUCCGCACACGUGUAAUCAAGAAGGUAAAGGGUGACAAGCAAGAAGUCACCAAAAUCGAGACCGUUGAAGAGGAUGACAAGCAACCUGAAACCACCGUCACAGUGGAAGAAGUUCCUGUGGAGGAAGAACAACCUGAAGAAAUCAAGGAGCUUCCAGAAGAGGUUCGCGUUGUGGAAACCAUCACUGAGGACGGCAAACCGAAGAAGAAGAAGAUACGCACGCGUGUUAUCAAGAAGGUUAAGGGUGACAAACAAGAAAUCACCAAGAUCGAGACCGUUGAAGAGGAUGACAAGCAACCUGAAACCACCGUCACAGUGGAAGAAGUUCCUGUGGAGGAAGAACAACCUGAAGAAAUCAAGGAGCUUCCAGAAGAGGUUCGUGUUGUGGAAACAAUCACUGAAGAUGGCACUCCAAAGAAGAAGAAGAUCCGUACACGUGUUAUCAAGAAAGUUAAGGGUGACAAACAAGAAGUCACCAAGAUCGAAACCGUCGAAGAGGAUGACAAACAGCCCGAAACCACCGUCACGGUGGAAGAAGUUCCUGUGGAGGAAGAACAGCCUGAAGAAAUCAAGGAGCUUCCAGAAGAGGUUCGUGUUGUGGAAACAAUCACUGAAGAUGGCACUCCAAAGAAGAAGAAGAUCCGCACACGUGUAAUCAAGAAGGUUAAGGGUGACAAACAAGAAGUCACCAAGAUCGAAACCGUCGAAGAGGAUGACAAGCAACCUGAAACCACCGUCACAGUGGAAGAAGUUCCUGUGGAGGAAGAACAACCUGAAGAAAUCAAGGAGCUUCCAGAAGAGGUUCGUGUUGUGGAAACAAUCACUGAAGAUGGCACUCCAAAGAAGAAGAAGAUCCGCACACGGGUAAUUAAGAAGGUUAAGGGUGACAAACAAGAAGUCACCAAGAUCGAAACCGUCGAAGAGGAUGACAAGCAACCCGAAACCACUGUCACAGUUGAAGAGAUUCCAGUGGAGGAAGAACAACCUGAAGAAAUCAAGGAGCUUCCAGAAGAGGUUCGUGUUGUGGAAAUAAUCACUGAGGACGGCAAACCGAAGAAGAAGAAGAUCCGCACACGUGUUAUCAAGAAGGUAAAGGGUGACAAGCAAGAAGUCACCAAGAUCGAAACCGUCGAAGAGGAUGACAAACAACCCGAAACCACAGUCACAGUUGAAGAGUUUCCUGUGGAGGAAGAACAACCUGAAGAAAUCAAGGAGCUUCCAGAAGAGGUUCGUGUAGUGGAAACAAUCACUGAGGAUGGUAAGCCUACGAAGAAGAAGAUCCGCACACGUGUUAUCAAGAAGGUUAAGGGUGACAAACAAGAAGUCACCAAAAUCGAAACCGUCGAAGAGGAUGAGAAACAACCCGAAACCACUGUCACAGUUGAAGAGAUUCCAGUGGACGAAGAACAACCUGAAGAAAUCAAGGAGCUUCCAGAAGAAGUACACGUUGUGGAAACUAUUUCUGAAGACGGCACUCCAAAGAAGAAGAAGAUCCGUACACGUGUUAUCAAGAAGGUUAAGGGUGACAAACAAGAAGUCACCAAGAUCGAAACCGUCGAAGAGGAUGACAAACAACCCGAAACCACAGUCACAGUUGAGGAGAUUCCAGUGGAGGAAGAACAACCUGAAGAAAUCAAGGAGCUUCCAGAAGAGGUUCGUGUGGUGGAAACACUCAGUGAGGAUGGCACUCCAAAGAAGAAGAAAAUCCGCACACGUGUAAUCAAGAAGGUUAAGGGUGACAAACAAGAAGUCACCAAGAUCGAAACCGUCGAAGAGGAUGACAAACAACCCGAAACCACUGUCACAGUUGAAGAGAUUCCUGUAGAGGAGGAACAACCAGAAGAAAUCAAGGAGCUUCCCGAAGAAGUACACGUUGUGGAAACUAUUUCUGAAGACGGCACUCCAAAGAAGAAGAAGAUCCGUACACGUGUUAUCAAGAAGGUUAAGGGUGACAAACAAGAAGUCACCAAGAUCGAAACCGUCGAAGAGGAUGACAAACAACCCGAAACCACUGUCACAGUUGAAGAGAUUCCAGUGGAGGAAGAGCAACCUGAAGAAAUCAAGGAGCUUCCAGAAGAAGUUCACGUGGUGGAAACUAUUUCUGAAGACGGCACUCCAAAGAAGAAGAAGAUCCGUACACGUGUUAUCAAGAAGGUUAAGGGUGACAAACAAGAAGUCACCAAGAUCGAAACCGUCGAAGAGGAUGACAAACAACCCGAAACCACAGUCACAGUUGAAGAGAUUCCAGUGGAGGAAGAACAACCUGAAGAAAUCAAGGAGCUUCCAGAAGAGGUUCGUGUGGUGGAAACACUCAGUGAGGAUGGCACUCCAAAGAAGAAGAAAAUCCGCACACGUGUAAUCAAGAAGGUUAAGGGUGACAAACAAGAAGUCACCAAGAUCGAAACCGUCGAAGAGGAUGACAAACAACCCGAAACCACUGUCACAGUUGAAGAGAUUCCAGUGGAGGAAGAACAACCUGAAGAAAUCAAGGAGCUUCCAGAAGAAGUUCACGUGGUGGAAACUAUUUCUGAAGACGGCACUCCAAAGAAGAAGAAGAUCCGUACACGUGUUAUCAAGAAGGUUAAGGGUGACAAACAAGAAGUCACCAAGAUCGAAACCGUCGAAGAGGAUGACAAACAACCCGAAACCACUGUCACAGUUGAAGAGAUUCCAGUGGAGGAAGAACAACCUGAAGAAAUCAAGGAGCUUCCAGAAGAAGUUCACGUGGUGGAAACUAUUUCUGAAGACGGCACUCCAAAGAAGAAGAAGAUCCGUACACGUGUUAUCAAGAAGGUUAAGGGUGACAAACAAGAAGUCACCAAGAUCGAAACCGUCGAAGAGGAUGACAAACAACCCGAAACCACAGUCACAGUUGAAGAGAUUCCAGUGGAGGAAGAACAACCUGAAGAAAUCAAGGAGCUUCCAGAAGAAGUUCACGUGAUUGAAACUAUUUCUGAAGACGGCACUCCAAAGAAGAAGAAAAUCCGCACACGUGUUAUCAAGAAGGUUAAGGGUGACAAACAAGAAGUCACCAAGAUUGAAACCGUUGAAGAGGAUGACAAACAACCCGAAACCACUGUCACGGUUGAAGAGCUUCCCGUGGAGGAAGAACAACCUGAAGAAAUCAAGGAGCUUCCAGAAGAGAUUCGUGUGGUGGAAACAAUCAGUGAGGAUGGCACUCCAAAGAAAAAGAAGAUCCGUACACGUGUGAUUAAGAAGGUUAAGGGUGAUACCGAGGAAGUAACAAAAAUCGAAACCAUUGAAGAGGACGAUAAAAAUCCGAAGACCACUAUAACUGUGGAGGAAUCAGAUGUAAAGAGUCCAUUUGGUGAAAAGCUGAAACUUAAAAAGCGAGUUGUUGUUCAUAAACCUGAAGAUGAUAUUUCCGUGGUGGAGCUACCUGAAAGAAAAUCUAUAAUUAUUUCUGAAAAGCCAGAUGGCACUCCUACCAAAACAGUUAUUAAGACAAAAAUCAUUAAAAAAGUUCAAGGUCCCAAUAUGGAAGUCACCAAAGUUCAGACUGUUGAAGAAUACGAAAAACCACCAUUGACAACAGUGACAGUUGAGAACUUCGAAGCCCCGUUCCCUGAUCUUCCCGAAGAAAAGAUCACAGAGAUUGUUGUCCUUCCAGAUGAAAUUAUUGAGUCGCAAACUAUAGAUGAAGACGGCCAAGAAAAAAUAAUAAAAACCAAAAAACGGAUCAUAAAGAAACCGAAAGAUGAGUUUAAUGAAGAAGUGACUGAAAUUGGCAUUACUGAACAAGAAUCAGGAGAGCCAAUUUACAGCAUAACUAUCAAGGAACUCCCCAUUACUGAACCUUCUCAAACUGAUAAUAAGUCAUUUGAGUUACCGGAACAAGUUUCUGAAAUAGAGUUGGUUAAUCCUGAUGGAACGAAGAAGAAAAAGACGGUUAAAACACGAUCCUUCAAAAAGAAUAUUGAUGACAAUCUUGAUGAGGUCACUACAGUUAACAUAAUUGAAGAAGAAAAUAUGGAACCAAUAACUACUGUGCAAGUUGAAAUUCUUCCCGUCGAGGAAUCUUCAGUAUUGCCAAUUCCAAUUGAAGAGUUACCGGAAGAAACUGUAAUUGAAGAAGUUUCUGAAAACAAAAAGCCGAAAAAGAAGACUACCAAAACGCGAACAUUCAAAAAACAGGGUCCUGAAGAAGAAGAAUAUUAUCAAAUUCAAACUAUCGAGGAAGAAGGCAAAGAGCCAUAUUCGUUGGUACGGGUUGUAAGUGAUGAGAACAUUGCUGACAUUAUAGACAUUAGCAAGCUUGAUGAUGAACAACUUCCCAAACACAAAAAACAAAAGCCACACAAACAGAGGGCGGAGAAACCAGAACACACUGAAACGGAACAUCCAGUUUACAUUACAACAUUUAAAUCUGUACAAAAUGAAGAUGGCGAAACAACAAUUCAAACAGAAAAUAAAAGAGUUUCUCACGAGGAAGGCAUCGUUGUUGAGGAAGUACUCAGUGACACAGAACCCAAUGUGGAUGACAUUACACAAUCAAACGUUGAAAUUACUGAAGUCAGCGAGCCUACAGGUGAAGCACCCGAGGUUCAUAAGGAUUAUCACAUAAGCGUAAUCGUAGAAGAACCAGUUGAAAAAGAAGAACAGCCCGACAGGAUUUUGGAAGUGAGAGUCAUUGAUGAAGUUGCCGAAAUCGAAGAAUCACAGCCCAUCGUUGAAGAAGUCGAAGAAGAGGAUGAACAACCAACAGAUGGUACUGUUGAAGAUGUUACGAAGCCAAAAACAAAGAAGAAGAAGAUUGUCAAAAAGAAGACCAAUGAACACGAUGAUAUUAUUCAAAAGCUGCUUGAGCAAGAGAUUGAAAAAACCGAAUUGGAAAAAUACGAGAAAAUGGAGUUUGAUCUUCCUAAGAAACUAAAACCAGAGUUUGCAAACCUUGAACCAAUGAAAAUUGAGCGAACCGAACACAAGCCAACAAAGGUGACAAUUGUUGAAGCUGCAGAGGUUCCAAAGACUGUUAAGUUGAAGCCUGGCAAACGGAAGGAAAAGCCUUCUGAAGAACAGGCAGUACAACUUCCCAAAUUCAGGCUAAAGACGCGCAUGACAAUGGUCGAAUAUCCGCCAGUACCUCAAAUACCAAAACUGACUGACAUAGGUGCAGUAAAAGACAAUGGUGAGCUCUCUCGCAAUAUUGAAGAAGCCGAGGAGGUAUUGAAGUUUAAGCCCCACAAGACAAAGAAAAUCAAGAAAAUAAAGGAUGACUUAGAGAAGGUGGAGCUCGAAAAGUAUGAGAAAUACGUUAGUAGCGAAGAAGAACCCGAAGAACAGAAGCCAUACCAGAAACCAGAAAAGGCUCAAAAGACAGAAGAAAGUCCUGAAGAUGUCAAACUUAAGAUUGGCAAGGGCAAGAAGAAGCCUAAGGAGGAAGAGUCUCAAGAAAAUGUUACUCUCAAAAAGAUACCACAGAAACCUGUAGAAAGUGAAGAAGUGGUUGAAAAGAAACCUAAGGAAAAGGAUGUAGUAGUUAUUGAAGAACUUCCAAAGCAGCCCAAGGAACAGGACAUUCAAGUCGAACCGUUUGAGCCAAUUGAUUUUGAGCAUCCUGAAUAUGUACCAGAGGAGCUUGAACAAAUCGAGCAACCCGAAAAGCCCGAAAAGACGAAGAAACCCAGUAAGACCAAAUACAAGCCAAAGGAGAAAUCCAAACCGGAACAGGACACUAUCAUAACAGAAAUUGUUCCUGGUAAGCCUAAGGAAGAAGAAGAGGUACCUGAACAACAAGUUAAGUUCCGUAAACCUGAGAGUAAAGCUCCUGAAGAGACUGACACUCAAAUUAAAUUAAAGCCUGUUCAAAAACCUGUUGAGGACACAGUAGUUGAAGAUGUCGUUGUUAAGUCCAAGGACGAGGAACCUCAGCCUACAGUUGAAGAGUCUAAGCCCGUUGAGGAAGUGAAAAAGCCUAAGAAAACGAAAUCUAAACCAGUUGCACAAAAAGAAGAAGAAACUACAGUGGAACAACCAACAGAAUUUGAGAUUUCAGUUAAGGACGAGGAAAUAAUUAAAGAAAAGCCAGUUGAAGAAGAAAAGCCUAAGGAAGUAAAGGUAAAACAAAAGAAACCAAAGGAGGCUCCUGCUGCAGAAGUUGAAAUCGUCGAGGAAACACAGACUGUCGAUGUACCUGAAGACAUACCCGUUGAGUACAAAAUUACUACAACUGUUUUGGAACCCGAGGAAGCUCCAAAGGAACAUCAAGUCAGGGUUUUGGACUUUGAUGAAAGGCAAGUCACUACUGAGGAAGUUGUUGAAGAAAAGGUUGUAACAAGAAAGAAGAAGCCAAAGCCUCAACAACCAGAAGAAUUUGAAGUCACUCUAAAGGAGCCAGAGGAAACACAACCAGAACCAGAAGAAAUCACUGCUGAGGUUGUGAUACCAAUAAAACAACCUGAACAGGAACCUGAGCAGUACGAAGUGGAAUUGAAGUUAACCGAACCACAACCACAAGAACAGGAAAUAACAGUUAAGAAGAAACCUAAGAAGAAGCCUGUGGAGGAGGUAAGAGAAGUGGAACAACACGUGGUGAAAGAAGUGGAAGUCCAACCGGCCGAAGAAGAAGAGGUUAUUGUUCAAGAUGAGCAAAUUAGUCAAACUGAUACUCCGAAAUCUUUCGAGUUCCAAAUUACUGAAACGCAAGCUCCUCAAAAGAAACCUGAAGAAGUUAUCGAAGAAAAGCCGGUUGAAAAGGUGAAAGAAAAGGCACCCAAACCGAUUGAAAAGCCAGGCUCUUACCAGAUCAGCAUUAAAGAAUCUCAAGUUGAAAAUGUUCUCGAAACGACAAAGCAGCCAGAAGAGGAAGUUCCUGAAGAGGUAGUUUUUGCCCCAAGGCCAAAAGAAGAUAAAACAUUUGAGGCAGAGUUUGUCAUAACGGAACCAAAACGUGAAGAGAUUACCGAAGUUGAAGCCGAAAUCAAACCGAAGAAGACUAAGAAACCAAAGAAAACUGAGGAGGCCGUUAGUCACGAUAUUAAGGUUGUCGAAGUAUCUGCACCGGAGGAAGUAGUAGAUGAAGCUCCACAAAUUGAAAUUGUUGAGAAAGAAACAGUGAUUGCUGAAGAAAAGCCGGAUGAAUAUACAAUUCGUGUAUCUGAAACACAAGAAGCACAACCAGAUGAGCCUACACUUGCACAAUUUACUGUAAAGAAGGCAAAGCCUACUCCAGAAGCUACUGAGGAGCCGGAAGCUGAGUUUGUUCUUAAAGAAAGCAAGCCAAUUGAAACGGUUACCGAAGACGCCCAAAUAAAGACGAAGAAGCCCAAAAAGAAGGUUAAGGAUGUUGAGGCAGAGGAAUUAAAGAUACAGAUUUCGGAAGAAGUCCCACAAGAAGUUCCAGUAAUCGAAGAAAUCGAAGAAGUUGCAAUCAAAGAAAAAGAGGAAGCUCCUGUGGAAUAUAAAUCGUAUGAAAUUGGAGUGAAGGAAACAGUUCCAGAAAAGCCAGUGGCACCUGUGGAAGAAGAAUUGGUUGUUGAACCAGUCGUUGAAGAGCCUCAACCUGCACCUGAAGAACUAAAGGUGAAAGUAAUUGAAGAAACUCCACGUGAAAUUAUAGAAGAAGUUGUGGAGGAGGACGUUAAAGUUAUUCGUAAGAAGAAACCCAAGCCACAAGUUUCAGAAGAGCCGGAGACUCAAGUGAGCUUUACAGGUCCAAAGCCGGUAGAUGAGGUUGAAGCAGUACAAAGCGUCACCAUCGUACCUGAAGUUCCAACUGAUGAGGAGGCUGCUGAGCUCAAGAUAACCGUUAUUGAUGAAAUUUCUGAGCCCCAGGAACUAAUUCAAGAAAUAGAAGAAAUCGACAUUAUUGAAGAAGAAAAGAUUCAACCUAUUCCGGAAGAUAUACCCGCAGACUUUAAGUUUAGUCUUAAAGAGACUGAGGCACCAAAGGAAACGGUCGAGGAGUUACCAGAAGAACAAUUUACCAUUAAGAAGAAGAAAAAGGUGCCUGAGCAACUUAUUGUCGAAGAACCUGAAGCUGUAUUCGAAAUUAAGCCCAAGCCACAAGUCGAGGAGGUUACUGAAGAAGCCAAGAUCAAGAAAAAGUCCAAAAAGCCAGUUAAAGAAGAAGAAGCUGCCGCAGAACUUAAAGUAACAGUCGUCGAGGAGGUAGCACCAGGCCCAGAUGUUAUUGAGAUUGUGGAAGAAGUUGAGGAAACUCCAGAAGAAAAAAUUGUCGAACAGCCAGAAGAGAAACCAGCUGAGUACAAAUUCAAGGUUUCUGAAAGCCAACCAGAAGCUCCAGAAGUACCUGAAGAGCAGCAAGUAUCGCUGCCGAAGAAAAUACCAAAGCCCGUUCAAGUGACUGAAGAGCCUGAAGCUGAAGUUACUCUAAAACCUAAACCAAAGGUUGAAGAAGUAAAAGAAGAAGCAAAAAUAAUCAAAAAGAAACCUAAGAAGCCAGUUGUGGAAGAAGCUGCUGAAGAAGUGACUGUCAAGGUCGAAGAAGAAAUCACUCCAGAGCCAAUAGUUGUAGAGGAAGAAGUAAUUGAAGAGGUUCAAGUUAAGAAAUCAGAAAAACCAUCCCCUGAAGAAGAAAUUGAUGCUGCCGUUUUUAAAUUAAAGAAGCCUGAAUCACCUGAAGAAGACGAAGUGGUAGCAGAGGUUACUCUGAAGCCAAAGGUUCCCAAGGAAGUUCAGGAAGAAGAGUUCUCGGUGGACGUCAAGCUACCAAAGGAAAAGAAGGUUUCUGAGGAAACAUCUAACGAAACAGUGCAACUUAAGAAAAAGAAGAAGCCACAGAAACCUGUAGAAGAGGCUGCUGAUGAACUCCAACUCCAACAAACUGUUAUUGAAGAAAGACCAGUUGAGAUUGAAGAAGAGGAAAUUGUUGAGGAAGCCGUUAUUAUACGUAGAAAGCCUAAAAAACCUAUUGAACCAACUAUUGAAGACCUUGAAGAAACUGAAUUUAGCCUUUCAUUCAAAAAACCACAUACCAUUACUGAAGGUGUGGAAGAGGCAGCAACAGUUCUGAAGAAACGUCCAGUUAAACCUACCACCCACGACGAAGCUGCAGCAGAAUUGUCAAUAAAACGUCUAGAGGAAGAAUACGAAGAAGGCGAUGAUAUUGAAGAAUUUGUUGUUAGCCAGCGUAGAAAGCCUAAGGAGUUGCAAAUUACAGAUGAAGCAGACCAAGAGUACACAGUCAAGAAGCUUAAACGUCGCAAGAAGGUUGACAUUCCAGAAUUCACAGAUGUUGAAAACGUUACUUUCCGCGCUAAGAGCACAAAAACCAAAGAAGACGUUGACCAAGAAUUCAAUAUUGCUCUUGAUUCCUAUGCUGAAGAAGAGGUAUCAAUGUCUGGAAAGGUGAAAAUUAAGAAACCUAUUAAAAAGACGUACUCUGAAGCAACAGACGAGGCAAAGAUCAAAAUCAUACAGGACUAUGAUGACGGGGAAGGUCCAAUCAUUGAAGAAAUACGCGACGACGAGGAUACCAUAGAUGAAGUUGAAGAGCCAGAGGAGUACAUGGUAGAAGAAUUACCUCCAGAUGAGGUAGACUUCAAGCUUAAACCAAAGAAGCAACCUAAGCCAACUUACUCGGUUCAAGACGAAGAGGAAGAACAAUUCCUUAUUGGUAUUCGACAGCCGAAACGCGAUUCUGUAACGUAUGACGAAGAUUCUCUUACAUUCAAAAAGAAGCGUAAAGUCAUUCAACAACUCUUUAAUGAAGAUGGCGCUUCACUUAACAUUACCAGAGAAAUGGAUGUGGAAGAAUCCAAUACCGAGAACAUUAUGUAUUCUAUUUGCAAUUAUAUUGCGGACAACGACGAGGCUAUUAACUUAGUUGAGGGUGAAAAGGUCCUGGUUAUUGGUCGCCAUAGCUCUGAAUGGUGGUACGUCAAGAAGAGCAUCACAGAGGAAGAAGGUUGGGUACCCGCCCAAUACCUUAUGGGACCCGAGGAAUAUGACCAAUAUGUUCAAAACAAACUGCAUGAGAAGAUCGAUAAGUUACCCGUCUUUGAAAGACCUGGACCUGAAGACAAGCCGAUUGCCCCACGUUUCAUUGAAAAACUGCAGCCUAUUCAUUCACUUGAUGGUUACACUGUUCAGUUCGAAUGUAAGGUUGAGGGAAGUCCAAGACCUCAGAUUGCGUGGUUCCGCGAAACUGCUAUCAUUAAGCCUUCGCAAGACUUCCAAAUGUUCUAUGAUGAUGAUAAUGUAGCCACUUUAAUUAUUCGCGAAGUUUUCCCAGAAGACGCUGGCAAAUUUACUUGCGUGGCCAAGAAUGCCGCUGGCUUCACAUCAACCACAACAGAAUUGAUUGUGGAAAGUCCUUUAUCCGAUCAUGGCUCAGAUGCCACUGCAUUGUCACGCAGGAGUAUGUCGCGUGAAUCCUCAUUGGCUGAUAUCCUUGAGGGCAUUCCACCAACAUUCUCACGCAAGCCCAAGGCACAAUAUGUCGACGAGGGCAGCAACGUUAUACUGGAAUGCCGCCUUGUUGCGGUUCCCGAGCCCGAUAUUGUGUGGACCUUUAAUGGCGAAGAUAUCGAUGAGGAGGAAAUUAAAAACAUUCGUAUCGUAACUGAAUCUGAUAUGCACAUGUAUUGCAGCGUUGUUCAUAUUACUAAAGUGAAGAAAUCUCAGGAGGGGACCUAUGAAGUUAUCGCCACAAACCGUGAGGGCGAGUCGCGUCUGCCCAUCACACUUAAGGUGCGAACUUCCGACAAAGAAGCCCCACAAAUUCUAGAACCGCUGCGUAACAUGGUAGUUCGUGAAGGAGAGAGCGUCAUGCUUUCUACCCAGAUUGUUGGCAAUCCACCACCCAAGGUAACGUGGUACAAGGAUGGCAAGCCUAUUAAGAAUGGCAAGACAGAUAAGGAUAUUCAUACUCUUACCCUCAUCACGCCAAAGAAGUCGGAGAAGGGAGAAUAUACUGUCAAGGCUGUCAAUCCUUUGGGCAGUGUGGAAACUACUGCUAAUCUGACGAUUGAAGAACCGACAACUGGUAAUGCUGAGCCUCCACUGUUUGUGGAACGUUUCGAAGAGCAAUCUGUACCACAAAAGGGUGUUAUUCGACUACCAGCAAAGGUGUCCGGCAACCCUGUACCAGAGGUUCAAUGGCUAUUUAACAACAGUCCGUUGUUCCCCAACGAACGUAUCCAGCAAGUGUACGAUGGUGAAAAUAUUGAGCUCGUCAUUCAGAAUGCCAAUCCUGAAACAGAUUCGGGUGACUACAAGUGCAUUGCCAGCAAUCCUGUUGGCAAGACAUCGCACGGUGCCCGCGUCAUUGUUGAAGUCGAUGAGGUAACCUUUACCAAAAAGUUAAAGAAGACAAUUACCAUUGAAGAGGUGCAAUCGUUAACGUUGGAGUGCGAGACUUCUCAUGUGGUAACAACUAAGUGGUUCUUCAAUGGCAAGGAGUUGAGCGGCAUGGACCAUCGCGUUGUUGUUGAGGAUGGCAAGACACACAAGCUGGUCAUAAGGAACACAAAUCUUCGUGAUUCCGGCAAAUAUGUGUGCAAGGUCAAGAAACAAGAAACCGAAUCAACUGUGGAGGUUCUAAAGCGUAAACCAGACUUUAUCAAGGUUCUGGAAGAUUACGAGGUAACUGAGAAGGAUACCGCCAUUCUGGACGUGGAGCUGACAACUGAAUCGACUGAGGUCACCUGGUACAAGGACGGCGAAAAGAUUACAAUUGAAAGCAAGAACUGUGAAUUCAUCAAGGAUGGCAAAUCGAGACGUUUGGUGAUACACGAUACAACCAUACAUGAUGAGGGCGAAUACACGUGCAAGAUCGAGGGUCAAGAGUGCAGUGCAGAACUGACUGUCAUUGAACUACCACCAGAGAUUGUAACUCCAUUGAAGGAUGUGUCUGUUACUAAGGGCGAAAAUGCUGUAUUCCACAUUGAACUAAGCAAGGGCGAUGCUCUGGUAAAAUGGUUCAAGAACGGCAAAGAAAUCAAGUUCGACGAACGCAUUCAACUCGCAAUUGAUGGCAAGAAACAAUCCCUUCGCAUUGUCAAGGCCAAGCCCGAAGAUGUGGGCGAGUAUUCCAUACAGGUUGGAGAACAAACUUCCAAGGCGAAACUGACUGUCGAAGAGCCAUUGGUUGACUUCAUAGUGCGAUUGCCCGAUGUUACACUCGCCACAAAGACAACAGAUGCUGAAUUUACCGUUGAACUGUCUCAGCCGGACGUUGAAGUUACGUGGUGUAAGAAGGGCAAGCCCAUUAAGCCAAAUAAGAAGCAUGAGGUAUUCGUUGAGGGCACAGUGCGUCGCCUGGUUAUCCAUGAUGCCAGCGAUGAUGAUGCGGGUGAGAUCAGCUGUAUUGCUGAAAAUGUCACCAGCAGCACUAAACUGUGCGUUGAAGAGCUUAAACUGCCACCCGUGAUUACCUCUGACAAGGAUCAAACCAUCAAAGUAAAGGAGAACGAGGAUGCUACCUUCACUGUCAAGUACACUGGCGCUCCGACUCCAGAGGCCGAAUGGACAUCGCGCAAGGUUGUCAUUCCUAAGACAAAGCGUACAAUCCCAACCAUCGAUGAACAAUCCGCAACUCUAACCAUUAAAAAGGUCGUUGACGAUGAUGAGGGCGAGUACACGGUCAAACUGGUCAAUCCUGUGGGUGAGGCCGAGGCCAGCCUACACUUGGUCAUUAUGCGCAAACCCACGGCACCUGGAACCCCUCAGCCACUGGAGGUAAUGCACGACUCGAUAACACUUUAUUGGAAGGCGCCCGAAGACGAUGGCAAGUCCGAAAUCAUUGAAUACAUUCUGGAGUACCAUGAUGUUAAGGAAGAAAAAUGGACUGAGAUUCGCAAGAUUAAGGACACAACGUAUACGAUAAGCAAACUAAAGAUCGACACCGAAUAUGUGUUCCGUUCGAUUGCGGUCAACGAAGUUGGCCCCUCACCGCCAUCACCUGCCUCGCCACCUAUUCGUCUGGUGCCCAAGGUUCAGACCGAGGCACCCAGCGUACGCGAGCCAUUGCAGGAUAUUGUCAGUGAACUGGACAAGGAAGUGACACUAUCCUGUGUGUUUGGCGGCAUUCCUGAGCCAAGCGUUACCUGGAAGAAGAACGGCAAGAUCAUCGAGUCUACGACCAAUGUGCGCUACGAAAAUCGGGUGGCCAAGUACAUCAUUGAAAAGACAACCAUUGAGACUGAAGCCACCUACACAUGCGUGGCAACCAAUGAGAAGGGCACAGUGGAGACAUCGUGCAGGCUGAAGCUGCAGCAGAAGCCAAUCGUGGAGAUUGAGGACAAGUAUGUGGCACAGAAACUGCGCACUGGCGCUACUCUCAGCAUUCCAGCAACGGUUCGUGGCUAUCCCAAGCCCACAGUCACCUGGCACAAGGAGACUAUCGAGCAGAAGUCGACCAAGGAGAUUACCAUUGAAACCACCGAAACAAGCUCUACCUAUACGAUUAAGAAGGUAACUCGCGAGCACUCUGGUCGCUACAAGGUGACGGCCACCAAUGAGUGGGGCUCCACUCAUAUGGAGUGCACGGUACAAGUAAUUGAUAAGCCAAGCAGGCCGCAAUCGUUGGAGGUUAAAGACAUUAAAAAGGAUUCAAUUACCUUGGAAUGGACGCCGCCAAUUGACGAUGGUGGCAUGGACAUUAGCAAGUACACGUUGGAGAAAUGCGAUGUGCAAAACAACGUGUGGAUGAAGGUCUCCGAUUUCGACAAGGAUAUCAACUCGUAUGCCAUUCAAAAGCUUUCCAUGAAUGCCCAAUACAUGUUCCGUGUUGUGGCUAUCAAUCCUAUUGGCGAGUCCGAGCCAACGGAGAGUCAAACAGUCACAAUCACCAAGAAGUUUGAGAAACCAUCCCCACCACGCGGCCCCACCGCCGUCUCGGGUAUGAACGACACAUCGUUCACACUGUCCUGGGAACCGUCGGAGAGCGACGGAGGCUCGAAGAUAAUCGAGUACAUUGUGGAAAUCAGGGAAGAGACUGAGACAGUCUAUCGUUCGGUGGGCAUCACGACGGGCACUGUGACAAACAUUCACGUGGAGAAGGUUGUAAGAAACAAGGGCUAUCUGUUCAGGAUCUACGCUCGUAACGAGGUCGGCACCAGCGAGGCGUUCGAGACCACGGAGAAGAUUGUUGUGGGUCGCAAGAUAACCCCGCCAUCGCCACCCCAGAAUCUGAGGGCGCCGGAUGUGACAAGUCGCAGCGUCACCCUCGACUGGGAGGUGCCAGCCCGCAAUGGAGGUUCCGAAAUUACAGGCUACUGUGUGGAAAAGAAGUCUUCCACAUCGACCAGCUGGACCAAGGUCAUUACACUGGAUGCACAUCAGCUGCACUACACCAUUGACAAUCUGAAGGAGAAGUGCGAGUACUGGUUCCGUGUCUCGGCGGAGAAUGAGGCUGGUUUAGGUGCACCAGCCGUCACCGAGAGCGUCUCGCUAAAGACACAUGCCACUGUACCAUCGCCACCAACUGCUCCACUGGAGGCGCGAGUUCUCGCUGCCAAUGCACACAUAUUCGAAUGGGGUAUUCCCGAGUCAGAUGGAGGUGCGCCACUGCUCGGCUAUCACAUUGCCAUACGUGACAUGAAGAAGUCCAUGUGGAUUGAGGUUGGUCGCGUGCCAGCCGGUGUGCAAAAGUUCCAGAUUCGCGAUCUGCAAGAGAAUCACGAAUACAUGAUUCGCAUAUUCGCCAAGAACGAAAUUGGUCUAAGUGAACCUUUGGAAUCCGAAGAGCCAUACAAGGUGAUGACAGCGGGUCACGAAAGUCUGCCAGAUGAGCCGCGUACUGAGAUGAGCACAUGCAACACAUCGUCGUGGUUGCGAGACCACAACAUGGAUGCAGACAUUCAUUCGUAUGCGCGCGGCAGACUGCUUCAACGCGAUGAGUACUUCUUCCGUCUGUGGGCACAAAUACCCCAGAAGAAGAAGAAGGACUCCAAGUAGUAUGUAAAUGAUACAACUACGAACUAAUCAACUUAGCGAUAGCAAGUACCAGACAUGACAUAAACGAAAUGAAACUUAGGAUUAGGCUUAAGCAUACUCUACUACUAUUUCAAUUUUUGUAUUUAAUUCAUUAUUUCUUUUGUAGCUUUUUUUGUACUUUGAGAAAGAAAACGCACAGAGCUUGUAAAGAUAAUGUAGUGAUUGGAAUUGCGUCCAGCUUAGUACAGCGAUGUCCACGACAUUCUCCCCCUCCAGAGACAAAGAGUGCGAGCGAAGAAAAUACUUAAUGUAUUUGGCGGGGGAGGCGUGGACGUGGCUGUGUGUUGUGUCGCCCAUUACAUAAUCUCUGUAGUAAUUUUUGAUUCGUUAUGAUUUGCAUAAAUUCUUAUGAUUUUCUUCACUUUAUUUUUGUAAGCUGUGAUAAAUUUAUCAAAUUCGAAAGCGUCAAACGAUAUGAAAAGCCAUGAAUUCAGCGCCACGACUCAACGAGCAUCGGGCAACGGCAGCCAGUGGACCACAACAGCAGCAAUAGCAAUUCGUAACAACAAUAACAAUCCGAGGGGCAACAACAAUAACACAACAGAGCGGACUCAAUAUCCUCUAGGGAGACAAACAACAAAUGGUGCAAUUCGAUAUGAGUUACGAGUAUGUUUGUGCUAUAUUUGUGUGUUGUCCAUUUGAUUGUCUGUUCUCUGCUGUCGCUGUUCAAUUGUCGCACUGCUGGAUGCUGUUGCCUUUGCCGUGUGUUCGCAGUGCGCUGAAUUGAUGCCCAGAGAAACAGAGGGUUACAUAACUAUGUAAAACAAAACCAAAUAAAGAAAAACAAUUAUAAUAAAAAACAAAUUUAAAUGAA